AUACGAAGCACACUGAUCGCACACACAGCCACAGUGCUCUCGCUGCCACGAACACAGAAAAUAAAUGAGCUACAUGAACGUUUAGCUGAAAAUUUUGUGGCAUUCUUCGCUCGCACCUCAAAAACGAUCGACGUCUUGGUUUCAGUCUCGGGGAUUAUGACUUGAACCAAUUUAAAUAGAAAAAAAAUAUAUAAUACAUAUAGAAUUAUUAUAUAUAUAUAGAAAGAAUAAAAAAGAAGAUAAAUUAAAGUAUACAUAGAGUUAUUUUUAUACCAAAAAUAAAGUUUUUGAAGAAAGGAAAUCAUUUUUAUUACAAAAAUAAUCCAACGAAAGUGAGUUUUAAAGUGAAAACGAUUUGAAAAAAGGAUAAACAGAUUUAACGAAGCUUUAUAUCUUUAAUAGCAAAAAAGAAAAAUUAAAGAGAAAUUAACAAAAAAAGAAAAGAUAUAAAUCGGUCUUUUAAAAAAAAUAAAUAGAAAAAAAGAAAAUAAGUGCAGCUUUGACAAAAAAGAGAAAAACACACGCCCCGCAGCGUGAUUGUUUUGAAUUUUGUUUUGUUAUUUUUUCAAAUUUAAAUGCGAUAUAGUGUUAUAUAACGAAAAUGCAACGACAAAAUCCGAAUCAACAACAACAACCACAGUACCAGCAGCAGCAACAACAACAACAGUUGCAGCAACAUCAUGAACAACAACAAUUCAUGCAACAACAUCAAGAAAUGCAUCAACAACAAAGAAUAAGCCGCACCGAACAUCAUGUUCAAAGGAGUCAAGUAACCACCCAACAAAGAGUGGAACAACAUGGCGGCGGCGGCAGUUAUGUGCAACCAGCUUUGACACACAUCUAUGCUCAGGGCGACAUCUCACCACCCGUAUUCGAACAAAUUUUCAAGAAUGCCCGUUUCGCUCAAGGCGGUAAUGCCUUGUUCGAAGGCAAACUUCGUGGCAAUCCAAAGCCAUUCGUAACAUGGACUCGAAAAGGCGCACCACUUCUCGAGUCUCAAAAGUUCCGCAUGAGCUAUAAUGAAGCCACUGGAGAGGUAUCGCUGCUCAUCAAUCAAAUUGGACCUGGCGAUGAGGGUGAAUACACUUGUACGGCUCGCAAUCAAUAUGGUGAAGCCAUUUGCAGUGUUUAUAUUCAACCAGAGGGCACAACCAUGCCUGUCAUCCAACCAAUCCAGAAGAAAAUGGACAAAUCCAUUUACUCCAACGGCUACUCGUUCACCUCGACCAAGGAGGAGUUCCGUGUGGAUACCUUUGAGUAUAGACUUUUGCGUGAAGUAUCUUAUAGAGAGGCCAUUACACGUCGUUCGACAUACGAACAAGACUAUUAUUUGUGUCAAGAAUUGGAUCGCUCUAUGGGACCAGCUCAUGCACCUCAAAUUGGCCAGAAGCCUCGCAACUCUAAGCUGAUUGAGGGUUCUGAUGCUGUGUUCGCCGCAAAGGUUGGCUCCAAUCCCAAGCCACGUUUGACUUGGUUCCACAAUGGACAACGUUUGGUACAAUCCAACAAGUAUGAGAUCUCAUACUCGAGCGGUACAGCCACUUUGCGUGUUAAGAAAGCCAACAUCAACGAUGCUGGUCAUUAUACUUUGCUGGCAGAGAACACCCAAGGUUGUGUUGUGUCUUCUGCUGUGUUGGCCGUUGAGCCUGCUGCUGAGUCGGCCCAUGAACCAAAACCUGUUGAUGCUACGGCAGAACAGUUGGAAGCGGGCAAAGCUUUGCCGCCCACUUUCGUUAAAACCUAUGGUGAUCGUGAAAUCACCGAAGGUCGUAUGACUCGUUUCGAUUGCCGUGUUACUGGCAAUCCUUAUCCUGAGGUAUACUGGUUCAUCAACGGUCGCCAGGUCAACGAUGAUGCCGCUCACAAGAUUCUCGUCAACGAAUCCGGUAGCCACUCGCUCAUGAUUACCAAUGUCACUCGCCUAGAUGCCGGCGCUGUUCAGUGCUUGGCACGCAACAAGGCCGGCGAGGUUGCCGUCGAGGCCCAGUUAAAUGUGCUCGAGAAGGAGCAAGUUGUCGCACCACAAUUUGUUCAACGCUUCAGCACUAUGACUGUGCGCGAGGGUGAACCCAUCACCAUGAGCGCCAAUGCCAUUGGCACUCCUAUGCCACGCAUAACUUGGCAAAAGGAUGGUCAGCAAAUCUCAUCAACUGCUGAUCGUUUCAUUGGCAUUGAUGGUGGAGCUACUUGUUUGGAGAUUCCACGUGUCAAAGCUACCGAUGCUGGCUGGUACCAAUGUACUGCACAAAAUAUCGCCGGUUCUACUGCUAACCGUGCUAGACUCUAUGUAGAAGUUCCCAGAGAACAACCACCCGUCGAACAGAGACGUCUUAAUUUACCAAGACCCUCGAAGAUUAUCGAACCAGAGCCCCAGCCUGGUCCAGAAAUUAUUUAUUUGCGUCAUGUUGAACGCGCCAAGCCUCAUUUACGUCCUGGUGAGGAAGAUCGUGUCUACCCACCGCCACAGUUCAUUAUACCAUUACAAAAUGUGCAACAAGUUGAAGGUGGCAAAGUCCAUAUGGAGGCCCGCAUUGAACCUGUUGGCGAUCCCACCAUGGUCGUAGAAUGGUUCCUUAACGGUCAUCUUUUGGCAGCUAGCUCUCGUGCUACCUCUGUAUUCAAGUUCGGUUUUAUUGCUCUCGAUCUGUUGAGCAUUAUUACUCAGGAUUCUGGCGAAUACAUGUGCCGCGUAACUAACGCUGCCGGUAUGGCAGAAUCUCGUGCCAUACUCUCCGUUACACAACGUCCAUCAAUUGAGCAAACUUCUCAACACCCCAGUAGCUUGCAAUACAUCAAUCAAUUGGAGGAUUACUCACGUUACCAACGCCAAGAAAGUUCUGAGGAACUUAUGAAUCAACCACCUGUCUUCAUUCGCCCUCUUAAGGAUUUGGGUGAAUUCGAAGAAGGCAAAAAUGUUCACUUUGAGGCUCAAGUGACACCAGUCAAUGACCCCACCAUGCGUGUAGAAUGGUACAAGGAUGGUCGUCCAAUUACAGCCAGUUCACGCAUUACUGCUAUUUUCAACUUUGGCUAUGUCUCCUUGAAUAUUUUGCAUUUGCGUGCCGAAGAUGCUGGCACCUACACUGUACGCGCUGUCAACCGCAUGGGUGAAGCCAUCAGCACAUCCACCAUUCGCGUACUCACCAGAUCUCAAGUUACAGCUGAUUUGGGUAUUCCCGAACAACAGCGUUACAUCGAAAAGGUAGAAGAGUUGGAAGACUAUAGAAAGUCUCAACAACGUCGCCAUGCUCAGGAAGCACCCGAACCAAUUGCUGCACCCCAAUUCAAAUCUCAAAUCCAAAAUCAAAUGGAUAUGCGUGAGGGUGGACACGCUCAUUUCGAAGCCCGCUUGGAACCUACUGGUGAUUCCACCAUGCGUGUCGAGUGGUUCAAGGACGGCCAACCUUUGGAGGCCAGCUCACGUAGUACCACCUUCUUUAACUUUGGUUAUGUUGCUCUUACCAUUAAGCAACUUACCAUUUACGAUGCUGGCACUUACACUUGCCGUGCUUACAAUGCCAUGGGUCAAGAUAUAACCACUGCCCAAUUGACAGUCAUCUCUAAGAAGGAAAUCGUUUCCGAAUCCCAACAUCCUGGUGGUUUGCAAAAGAUCCAACACUUGGAGGAUUCGUCCCGCUAUGGCCGCACUGAGGAAGAAGAGACUAAGAUCACUCAAAUUCCUCGUUUCUUGGGACCCAUGAAGGGUACCAACAAGAUCAUUGAGGGUCAAAAGGCCCAUUUCGAAGCUCGUGUUGAGCCUCAAAGUGACUUGAGCAUGAAAAUCGAAUGGUAUCAUAAUGGUACCGCCAUUACUGCUGCCAAUCGUAUUCAAAUGUACUAUGACUUCGGUUAUGUUGCCUUGGAUAUUUCUCAAGUACGUGCUGAAGAUGCUGGCAUUUAUACCGUUGUCGCCAGAAACAAGUUAGGUGAAGCUCAAUUACAAGGAACGAUGAUAGUUGAAACUCGUUCCAGUAUUGACACAUCUAGCAUGCACCGCGGUUUGUAUGAGAAAACUCAACAUUUGGAACACAAACAAUUCGUUGAACCUCAAUAUGAUAUUGAAGAAAUUUCGAAAUCAAAACCAAUCUUUGUUCAGCCACUUUCUGAUCCUAAACCCAUCCAUGAGGGUAAAAAUAUUCAUUUGGAGUGUCGUUUGGAGCCCAUGGGUGAUCCAACUAUGCGUGUUGAGUGGUUCCAGAAUGGACGUCCCAUUACUGUGGGAUCUCGUUUCCGCACUUAUUACGACUUCGGUUUUGUGGCUUUGGACAUUAUUCAAGCUACAUCUGCUGAUUCCGGUGAAUACACUUGCCGUGCCACCAACCACUUGGGUUCAGCGCAUACUUCUUCCUGUGUGCGUGUAAUUGAUCGUUCUGAUAUUGUUACCGAAACUCAGAACGAAAUGUCUUUGGAGCAAAUUCAAAUGCUUGAAGAUUCCUCCCGUCGCCGCCAUCACAUGGAGGAGGAAAUCACUGUUAUGCAAGCUCCUCAAUUCACCAGAGCUUUGCACAACAUUGAAACCAUGGAAGGUACCAAUGUUCAUUUGGAAUGUCGCUUGCAACCUGUAGGUGAUCCCAGCAUGCGUGUGGAAUGGUUCGUGAAUGGCAAGCCCGUCAAGACCGGUCACCGUUUCCGUCCAGCUUACGAAUUCGACUAUGUUGCCCUUGAUCUUUUGGGCUGCUAUGCUAUCGAUUCUGGUGUUUACUCCUGUCAAGCCAGAAACCAAUUGGGCGAAGCUGUAACCUCGUGCUCCGUUCGCAUCAUUGCCAAGAGUGAUUUAAUUUUGGAAACCCAAAAUGAAUCAGGUUUGCAAAAGAUUGCUUACUUGGAGGACUCAUCUCGCUAUCGCCGUAGCGAAUUUGUCGACGAAGAAGUAAUUAACAUCCGUCCACGUUUCCUUACUCAACCCAAGAGUCUUAACAACAUGCGUGAAGGAGGACAUGCUCACUUUGAGUGCAAAAUUGAGCCAGUUACCGAUCCCAAUCUUAAGGUUGAAUGGUAUAAGAAUGGCCGUCCCAUUACCGUGGGUCACCGUUUCCGUCCCAUUCAUGACUUUGGCUAUGUAGCCUUAGAUGUGGUUGAUCUUAUUGCUGAGGACUCCGGUGUUUACACCUGUCGUGCCGUAAAUUUGAUCGGCUCUGAUGAAACUCAAGUUCAAUUGCAGUGCCGUAGCUCAGAGCAAAUUGUAACUGUUACUCAAAAUGAAGCUGGUUUGGAGCAAAUCCAUUAUUUGGAAGAUCGUUCCCGUUACACUCGCCGCGAAGAAAUUGACGAGUCCACCAAACAAGCUCCAGUCUUCACCACUUCUUUGAAAAACGUUGAAAUUAAGGAAAAUCAACGUGCUCACUUUGAGUGCCGUCUAAUUCCAGUUUCUGAUCCAUCUAUGCGUGUUGAAUGGUAUCACAACAACAUGCCAUUGAAAUCUGGUUCACGUUUCACCGAAACCAACAACUUUGGCUUUGUAGCUUUGGAUAUUAUGUCCACCUUACCAGAAGAUGCCGGUACUUACACUUGCCGUGCCUAUAAUGCCAUUGGUGAAGCCAUCACCUCUGCUGUUGCCGUUGUACACACCAAGAAGUCCAUCUACUUGGAAUCCCAACACGAAAGUGCUUUGCCUCGUUUGCAACAUUUGGAAGACACCAACAAACGUCAACGCAUGAGUGCCCAGGAAGAAAUUAUUUCGCAAGCCCCUGUUUUCACUUUACCUGUUCGUGAUUCCCGUGUUGCUGAGGGUCAAGCUGUACACUUUGAAGCCCGCUUGAUUCCAGUUGGUGAUCCUCAUUUGAAGGUUGAGUGGUUGCGCAAUGGUCAGCCAAUUGAAGCCUCUAAUCGUACUACCACCAUGCACGAUUUCGGUUAUGUUGCUCUCAACAUGAAGUAUGUUAACCCAGAAGAUUCUGGUACUUACACAUGCCGUGCUAUCAACGAACUUGGCCAAGCCGUAACCUCAGCUUCAUUGAUUGUUCAGUCUAAGACUUCCAUUCAAAUGGAAACACAACAUGAAGCUGCCAUGCACAAGAUCCAUCAACUGGAAGAUCAUACUCGUUAUCAACGCCGCGAAGAAGAGGAAUAUGUGGUAACUCAAGCUCCACGUUUUGUCACCAAACUUAUCGGACCUACCAAUUUGGUUGAGGGACAAAGCGCUCACUACGAAUGUCGUAUUGAACCAUAUCCCGAUCCCAAUCUUAAAGUUGAAUGGUUGCACAAUGGCAAGCCAUUAAGUACUGGUCACCGUUUCCGUACCACUUACGAUUUCGGUUUCUCAGCUCUGGAUAUCUUAACCGUCUAUUCAGAAGAUAGUGGCGAGUACACCUGCCGCGUUACCAAUAACUUGGGUGAGGCUGUAAACUCCAUUCGCUUGAAUGUACAAUCCAGAUCCUCCAUCAUUCAGGAGACCCAACAUGAAGAAGCCUUGCAAAAGAUUCAAUACUUGGAAGAUGGUUCCCGCUUCCAACGCAAGGUCGAAGAAGAUCAAUUUAUGACUGAACGUCCUCAAUUUGGACGUCCUUUGCGUAAUGCCAAUACAAAUGAAGGCAAGCCCGUACAUUUGGAAGCCACACUUACACCUGUGAAUGAUCCAACCAUGAAGGUGGAGUGGUACUGCAAUGGCAUACCUAUUCAAACAGGUCAUCGUUUCAAGACCACCUAUGACUUUGGCUUUGUGGCUUUAGACAUCUUAUAUGCCCAUGCCGAAGAUACCGGAACCUACAUGUGCAAGGCAAAGAAUGCCGUAGGGGAAGCUGUCACGACUUGUGCUGUAAACGUAACAGCAAAUAAGACAUUGGAUCUCGACACUCUUGAUGCCGAUCGUUUGGAAAAGAUUCGUCAAUUGGAAAGCUAUGCUGCUCCCAAAAAGGUUGAAGUUGAAGAAAAGGGCCAAAAACCCAUCUUCUUAACUCCCCUCAGCAAUUUGGAACAUCUUAAGGAAGGCGAACACGCUCAUUUGGAGUGUCGUGUUGAACCAAUUAAUGACCCUAAUUUGAAGAUUGAAUGGUUCUGCAAUGGCAAACAAUUGCCUCUCGGCCAUCGUUACAGAACAACACACGAUUUCGGUUAUGUAGCCUUGGACAUUCUUUACGUCUAUGGCGAAGAUACUGGUACUUACAUGUGUAAGGCUACCAAUUUGCUUGGCGAAGCAGUCAACACUUGCAAUGUUCGUGUUUUGAACCGCCGCAGCAUGAUUUUGGAUACUCAACAUCCCGAUGCUUUAGAAAAGAUUCAAAAACUCGAAUCCAAGGUAAUCACAACACGCACUGAGGUUAGCGAUGCACCCAUUAGUCCACCUCACUUCUCCGCCGAAUUGCGUGGUACCACCGAAAUUUAUGAAGGUCAAACCGCUCACUUUGAAGCUCAAGUACAACCCGUACAUGAUCCCAAUUUACGUAUUGAAUUCUACCACAACGGAAAACCUUUGCCAUCAGCUGCUCGUUUCCAUAUCACUUUUGACUUUGGCUAUGUUGCUUUAGACAUUACUCAUGCCGUAGCUGAAGAUGCUGGUGAAUAUUCCGUGCGUGCCGUAAACGCUCUAGGCCAAUGCGUAUCAUCAACCAAUUUGCGCGUUAUUGCUCGUGGUACCAUCAUUUCGGAAACCCAACAUCCUGAAGGUUUGGAAAAGAUUCGUAAGUUAGAAUCGACCGCUCCAUUCCAACGUCCUGAAUUGGAGACUCCUGGUACUAGACAACGUCCCGUAUUCACUCAACCCUUGCAAAAUAUUGAUCGCAUCAACGAACACCAAACUGCCCACUUCGAGUGCCGUUUAAUCCCAGUUGGUGAUCCCAACCUUAAGGUUGAAUGGUACCGUAACGAAAAGGUCAUUGAGGACAGUUCUCGCAUUACCAAACAACACGAUUUCGGCUUUGUUUCUUUGGAUAUUUCUCACAUUCGCAAAGAAGACGAAGGUGUUUACAUGUGCCGUGCCGUUAAUCCUCUUGGCGAGGCUGUUACCACUGCUUCUAUGCGUGUUGUUUCUGAGGCUAGUAUCCAAAUGGAUACUCAACAUCCGGACAGUAUCAGCCGCAUUCAUCAAUUGGAGCGUCCUUCUGCCCCACGCCCCGUUGAACCUGAACGUGCAUUCGAGAAGCCAAUUUUCACUCAACUUCUCACUGGUCCCUCUGAAUUGUGGGAAGGACAACAUGCCCACUUUGAGGCUCGUGUUGUACCAGUUGGAGAUCCAUCUUUGAAAUUUGAAUGGUACAUCAAUGGCAUCGAAUUGCAAAUGGGUUCACGUUUGAGAACUACCAACGACUUCGGUUUUGUGACACUCGAUAUUAGCUCUGUAGUAACAGAAGAUGCUGGUGUCUACAUGUGCCGUGCUUACAACGCUGCCGGUGAAGCUGUUUCAUCUACUGCUAUGAAGAUUAAGACCAAAGCCAACAUUAUCGGUGAGCCAAUGAUUCCUGAAUCUUGGGAAGCUGUCCGCCUAAAGGAAGCUUCAAUGAACCGUGUUCCUGAAAUGUUUGUCGAUACUACACCCCAACAAGCUCCUGUCUUUACCACUCAUUUGCAGAGCUUCGACAAGCUUAGUGAAGGUCAACAUGUCCUUUUGGAAGCCCAAGUUGAACCCCGUGCCGAUCCUAACUUGCGCAUUGAAUGGUUCAAGAAUGGCAUUUCACUUACUACUGGCUCUCGCAUUCGCAGCACCUUUGACUUUGGUUUGGUCACUUUGUCCAUCAAUGGCUUGCGUGCCGACGACUCUGCCAUCUACACUUGCAAGGCUACCAAUCAAAUGGGUGAAGCUGUUUCAACCUGCUCACUCAAGAUUGAAGAUCGUCAUUGGCUGCAAGCUGAAUCUUUGCAUCCCGAUUCUUUGCAUCGUAUUGGUGAACUUGAAGCACCCAAACCUGGACGCCCAGAAGCUCCAGAACCAGUUUACGAAACUCCUGUCUUCAUCACUCACUUGAACAACAUUGAUUGUAAGGAAAGCGAUAACGCUCGUUUCGAAUGUAAUGUUGAACCAUCUCGUGAUCCUACCAUGAAAAUUGAAUGGUCAUACAAUGGUCAGCCAUUGCAAGCUGCUGCCAAAUUCAAGUCCAUUUACGACUUCGGCUACUGUGCCUUGGAUAUGUCUAACCUUUAUGCUGAAAACAGCGGCAUCUAUACUUGCAAGGCUACCAACAGCAAGGGCUCUGCUACCACUUCUGGUACACUUAAGUGCACAAGCGGCAAGAUCAUGUUCUUGGAUACUCAACAUCCUCAAGGUGAAGCUGGUUUGGAAGCUGUUAAGGAAACUGAAGAGGAAUUGGCCAAUCGUUACAAUCGCGAGGUCGUCAAACCUGAAACCCAUUAUCCUCCACCAGUCUGGACUAGACCAUUGCAAGCUGAGUUCCAUUUGUCCGAAGCUCAACCCCUACAUUUGGAAGGCAAUGUUGAACCUAAAGAAGAUCCAAAUCUAUUCAUUGAAUGGUACUUCAAUGGCAAGUUAUUGCAACAUGGUUCUCGCUUCAAGAUGACAAGCGAAUUUGGUUUCGUUACCAUGGAUCUCAUUGAAGUCUAUGAACGUGACCAAGGUAUUUACACAUGCAAAGCCUACAACAAAUCUGGCGAAGCUUUCACAACCACCACCAUCUAUUGCUCCAGCAAGGACAGCAUCAUUGAGCAAACCCAACAUCCUAAGGGCGCAGAAGGUCUCGAACAAAUUCAAGACUUGGAAGAAUCUUUACGCAAGGAUGGCAGCAAACCCGAAAAACCAGAAGAAGGUAUGGCUCCUCGUUUCACCACCGAAUUCAUCAAUAUCUCUGAUGUGGGCGAGGGUGAAAUUGCCCAUUACGAAGCCAAUCUCGUACCAACUGGAGAUCAAAGCAUGGUUAUUGAAUGGUUCUUCAACGGCAAAGUACUUGAAGCCAGUCAUCGUGUCCGCACUAUCUAUGCUUUCGGUAUGGUUGCAUUGGAAAUUUUGGGAACAAAGAUCGAAGAUACCGGCACCUACACUUGCCGUGCUACCAACAAAUAUGGUUCUGCUGAAAUUAGCUGCACCCUUGAGUGUGUUGAUAAGCCACGUGGUCAGAAACCUCGUUUUACAUCACAAAUUCAAUCUGUGGAAGGUCUUAAGGAUGGACAAUCUGCUCACUUUGAAUGCACCCUUAUCCCAGUCAAUGACCCAGAGCUUAAGGUCGAAUGGUAUCACAACGGCAAGCUUAUGCGUCAUUCCAACCGUAUUAAGACCGUUUCUGAUUUCGGUUAUGUUGUGUUGGAUAUUUCCUAUUUGCAAGAUCAUGACAGCGGUGAAUAUGUUUGCCGUGCUUACAACAAAUAUGGUGAAGACUUCACCAGAGCUACUCUUAACUGCCGCGGUCGUGGAGGUGUAUUCUCCGACAGCUUGCAACCCGACUCUUUGCAAAGAAUUAGAGAGUUGGAGUGCCCACAAUUGCCUGGUGAAUCUGUUGCCCCUGUUGUGGCUGAACCACCUAAAUUCAUUACCCACAUCAAGGAUGUUACCAAAUUGGUCGAAGGACAGAGUGUUCACUUUGAGGCUCGUCUCACACCCAUUACCGAUCCUGAUCUUAAGGUGGAAUGGUACUUCAAUGGCAAGAAAUUGCCCCAUGGCCAUCGUUUCCGCACUUUCCACGAUUUCGGUAUUGUUAUUUUGGAUAUCUUGUACUGCUACGAAGAAAAUUCCGGUGUUUACGAAUGUCGCGCUGUCAACAAAUACGGUGAGGAUGUAACUCGUGCCACUCUCACCUGCUCUUCCAAGGCCAAUUUGAUUUUGGAUUCCCAAUUGCCUCGCGGCAUGGAAGGUGGCUUGGAAAAGAUUGCCAACUUGGAAUACAGCAUGGUACGUACUCGUGACGAAACUGUGGAGGAAACCAAGGGUAAAGCACCAGUAUUCACAGUACCUUUGGAGAACAUUGAGAAUUUGCGCGAAGGUGAAAAUUGUCACUUUGAAGCUCGUGUAACACCCACCGAUGAUCCUAGACUCAGAGUUGAAUGGUAUUGGAAUGGACGUCCUUUGAAGGCCGGUUCUCGUUUCCGCACAUUCUGCGACUUUGGCUUCGUAAUUUUGGAAAUCUCACCCGUCUAUCCCGAAGACUCUGGCGAAUACUCUUGCCGUGCUAUUAACGAGUACGGUGAAGCUGUAACCACUGCCACCAUGAAAAUCGCUGGUAAACGUAGCAUCAUCAUGGAAUCCCAAUUGCCCAAGGGUAUGGAGGGAACCAUCGAUCGCAUUGCCGAGCUGGAAGGCUUGGGUGUACGCAGCACUGAGUUUACUCCCGAAGAUGAUACUGGCAAACCACCAGAGUUCAUUACCACUCCCUUCGAUAUGGUCAUCAAUGAAAACCAAUUGGCUCACUUCGAAUGUCGCUUGCAGCCAAUUAAUGAUCCCAGCUUGCGUGUCGAUUGGUUCCACAAUGGCAAGGCCUUGUGGGCUGGUUCUCGCAUUAAGACCAUCAAUGAUUUUGGUUUCGUAAUUUUGGAAAUAGCCGGCUGUUACCAACGCGACUCUGGUUUGUACACUUGCAAGGCCACCAACAAACACGGUGAAGCCACAGUAUCGUGCAAACUGCAAGUUAAGGGUCGUCAAGGCAUUGUCAUGGAACCACAAUUGCCCUCCAACUUCCGCACUGGCACUGAAAGUUUGCAAAAACUUGAGGAAAGCAUGCACAGAAGAGAAGAAAUUGUCAUCGAUGAAGAACAACCCAAUCCACCCAAGUUCACUGAGGAAAUCAAGGAUAAUUUGGAUGUACAAGAAGGUGGUCCAAUACACUUUGACUGCCGCGUUGAGCCUGUGGGUGAUCCCACCAUGCGCAUUGAAUGGUUCUACAAUGGCCGUCCUUUGCCAACCGGUUCUCGUGUACAUCAAUUGAAUGACUUUGGUUUCAUUGCUUUGGACAUCGAUUACAUUUAUGCUCGCGAUUCUGGUGAAUACACCUGCCGUGCCGUCAACAAAUGGGGUGUUGCCACCACCACUGCCAAGGUCACCUGCAAGGGUAAGGGCAACAUUGUCUACGAUACACAAUUGCCCGAUGGCAUGACUGCCGAAAAAUUGAGAGAAUUAGAUCGUGGUCGCAUUCCUGAAGUAGUACAACAAGAAGAGGUCGAAUAUGGACCACCCAAGUUCAUUACUGAAAUCGCUUCAGUCACCGUUGAAGAAGCUGAAGCUGUUCGCUUCGAGUGCCAAGUUGAACCCAAGAACGAUCCCAAUUUGCGUAUCGAAUGGUACCGCAAUGGCAAAUUGUUGCCUUCCGGCCACAGAUACAGAAACAUUGUCGAUAUGGGCUUUGUAUCCUUGGAUAUUUUGUAUGUUUAUGGCGAAGAUUCCGGUGAAUAUGUAUGCCGUGCUUACAAUAAGUAUGGUGAAGACCGCACCAAGGGUACAAUCUCUUGCAAGCAAUUGCCCUCAAUUAUGUUGCAAAAUCAAGUGCCUCGUGGCAUGAAACGUUCCGAGACUCUUACACAAAUGGAAGCCACAAUUAAGAAGUACACCUCAGAGGUUCACUUAACCGAGGAUGAUCUAUUCGAUCCAGAUCGCAAGCAACCACCUCGUUUUGUUACACAAAUCAAGGACAAAACCAAUCUCACCGAAAUGGCAAUUACCAAGUUUGAGUGUCAAUUGGCUCCAGUGGGCGAUCCCAACAUGAAGGUGGAAUGGUUCUUCAAUGGCAAGCCAUUGUUGUACAAGAACCGCUUCCAACCUAUUUAUGAUUUCGGUUAUGUAGCCAUGAACUUUAACUGGGUUUAUCCCGAAGAUAGUGGUGAAUAUGUGUGCCGUGCUACCAACUUGUAUGGCAAGGAUGAAACCAGAGCUGUUAUCAAGGUUUCUGGUAAACCAGGCAUUGUAUACGAUUCCCAAUUGCCUGCUCAUAUGCAUAGUAUUGAUCGUAUUCGUGAAAUGGAAGCCUCAUGGCAAGUUGUUCCCGAAGAAGUUGAUCCUGAUGCAAGACCCAGAUCGAAACCCAUAUUUGUUAGCAAAUUGGAACCACAAACCGUGGAAGAGGGCGAACCUGCUAGAUUCUGUGUGCGUGUAACCGGUUAUCCACGUCCAAGAGUUAUGUGGCUCAUUAAUGGUCACACUGUGGUUCAUGGUUCACGUUACAAGCUCACAAACGAUGGUAUGUUCCAUAUGGAUAUACCCAAGACAAGACAAUACGAUACCGGCAAAGUUGAAGUUAUUGCCCGUAACUCUGUGGGUGAGGCCAUUGCUACCACUGAACUUAAUGUGGUUGCCCGUUCCGAUGAUUAUCGCGGUGUCCUUAAGAAUUCACCACGUCCUUGGUACGAUUACGAACUAUCAUCCUAUCAAAAGGAGCGUCAAGAAAACAAUGAACUCGAAAAGGUCUUCGAUGAACGCAAGCAAUAUUUGUCCGAACAAAGUGGCACCCUAAAGGGCGUUGAACAUUUGAAGCCCAAACAAGUGAAAAAGGAGGCUCCAGAAUGGCAACAAUCAGUGCUGAAGAAGAAGAAUGAAGACUACUACAGCAAGAUCCAUGAAUUGGAAACAGAGCAAUUGUUAAAGGAAACCAAUUUGCGUGCUGAAUCUCACCAAUAUGCCAUACCCGGCGAAAAGAUUGUUAGCAGUUCGGCUGCCAAGGGCAUGGCCAAGUCCUAUGAGGAAAAUUUGGAAGAAACCUCUACCACCACCGCCAGCACCGCCACUAGGAAGGUUAUUCAAAAGCCUCCCAUUGAACCCUCGGAAUCUUCUGUGCAUGGUCGCGAAGUUCACAUGAACAAGCAACAACAAACACAAAAGGAAGUUGUUGGCGAUUUGGAAAUUACCCGCAAGAUUACCGCCACCGAAACCACCGAGGUGGAACACAAGGGCACCAUCCAAGAACGCGUCGUUAAGGGACCCGUUAAACCCUCCAAGCCACCAGUCUUUACCAAGAAGAUUCAACCUUGCCGUGUCUUUGAAAAUGAACAAGCCAAAUUCGAAGUAGAAUUCGAUGGUGAACCUAUGCCCACCGUCAAAUGGUUCCGUGAAAACUUCCCCAUUCAAAGCUCUCCCGAUUUGCAGAUUCACACUUUCAGCGGUAAAUCCGUCUUGAUUAUCCGCCAAGUAUUUGUAGAAGAUUCUGCCGUAUUCUCUUGCAUUGCUGAGAACAUUGGUGGAACUGCCAAGUGCAGCGCCAAUUUGGUUGUAGAAGAACGUCGUCGUGGUAAGGGUGGCAUGAAUCCACCCAGCUUUGUUACCACCAUUCAAAGCACUACUGUGACCACCGGCCAAUUGGCUCGUUUCGAUGCCAAGGUCUCCGGCACACGUCCCAUGGAUGUUUACUGGCUCAAGAAUGGCAUGAAGAUUCAACCCAGCAUUAAAUUCAAAAUGCUUGAAGAGGAAAACAUUCACACUCUUUUGAUUAUCGAACCCACCGUCGAAGAUAGUGGUCGUUAUGAGUGUGUUGCCGUCAAUGCCUCCGGUGAGGCUCGUUGUGAUGGUGAUUGCACCGUUCAAACAACCGCCAAACCCGACAAACCUACCACACCCGGUUCGGAGAAGGCCCCCCAUAUUUUGGAACAACUCAAGAGUCAAUCGGUUGAAGAGGGCAGCAAGGUAAUUUUCCGCUGCAAGGUUGAGGGUAAACCCACACCCACAGCUCGUUGGAUGCGUGGUGAUAAUAUUGUGAAGCCAUCUCGUUACUUCCAAAUGACACGUCAAGGUGAAUACUAUCAGCUUGUCAUUUCGGAGGCUUUCCCCGAAGAUGAGGGCAUUUACAAGUGUAUUGCCGAAAAUAAAUUGGGCAGCAUACAGACCAGUGCGCAGUUGAAGGUGCGACCAAUUGAGAAUUUAGAUGCUCCACCCACCAUUACAGCCUUGAAGGAUGUCUCAGUCAGCGAGGGUAUGCCAGCUCAGUUUAAGACAACAGUUACCGGCAAAGUGAAGCCAACAAGUGUUCAGUGGUUCCGUGAAGGUGCUCUCAUACCGGAAACUCCAGAUUUCCAAAUGAUUUUCGAUGGUAAUGCAGCAGUACUUUUAAUAGGAACUACCUACGAAGAAGAUUCGGGUAUAUUUACAGUGCGUGUAACCUCAUCCACAGGACAAGCUGAAUCAUCGGCCAAACUAACUGUAAAAAAACGUCGUAUCUCGGCCUAUCAGUUGCAAACAAUUGAUUCCGUCGAAGAUGAAACCUCCUCCUCUGGCAAGGAGGAUAGCUCUCCCGAAUCGCCCAAUCACCUACAGCCACAUCCACCACAGUACGGCCAGUAUCUGAAUGCAAACGGUCAAGUACCACAUGAGGGACGUUCGCGUACAAAGAAAACGAAACCACGCAGUAAAUCACUGCAACCACAAUCCAAUAUUGUGCCCUGGCGUAAGUCAACACGUCCCAGACGUGGUCGUUCAUUGGACAAACAACCCUUCUUCCCCGGUUUCAAACCCGAACCCGUUAAAUCUUGGACAGAGGAAACGAUUAAUCUUAAACCGGCACCCAUCGAAAAGAAGGUAAUACCGAAAAUGGAAGCCGCCAAGGUUGUCCUCAAAUCCAUCAAGAGUCAACGUGAUCAAGGCUUGGAAAGCAUUGGUUUCACUCUCGAAAAGAUUAUCCAGGGUAAAACCGAAAAGGAAGCCAUUCCUUGGAUUACCAUGCGUGAAAAACUAAAACAAGUUGAAAAGGUACAACAGCAAUUGAAUAAAUAUGACUUAGAUGAAGUAUACCUAAGGCCAUUGGAGAUGCCCAUUGCCACCGACCAGCAAGAGCCUCAACAGGCAACACAAGAACAGGUGCAACGUGAUCGUGAAAUUCAACGUUUGAAGAGUAUGGAAAGCAUAGAGAUUAUGGAAAUGACCGAACAAAUGGAAAAGUUAUUGAGUCAAAAGAAAGAAGACGCUAUACCUUGGAAAGAAAUGCGUCAACAUUUGAAGAAGGUACAACAUGUACACAAAGAAAUAGAAAAGUUCAAAAUCGAAGAGGUUGAACUACGUCAUCUUGAAGCUCAAGAGAUUAUAACAGAAGAAACUCAAACGGCCACUGAAGAUACAGUAGUCAUGCUCGUAGAUGAAAGCUCUAAAGGUUCCAUACAGAAGGUCAUCAAACGGGCUGAUAUGCAGCAAUAUGUUGAAGUUGAUGAUAUACACAGACAACAGUAUAUUACCACUGAGGAUAUUAAUAUGCUCAGUAUACAAGAACGUGAGAAAUUGGAAGCUCAUAGACUGAUGAAGGAGCAACAAGCCUUGAAUUGGCGUCAUUCCAGACAACCUCAACAAUUUGUGCAAGUAGAAGAUACUCAAAUGCUGCACAUUCAAGAACGCCAGGAUACCGAAGAAUUUUCGAUGACCCAACCACAGCCAGUGAUGUGGGACCGUGGCAGGCAGAAGCCUCAACAACAGGAGCAAUAUGUUGAAAAGCCUCAACCUCAACCCACUGAACAAGUUAAACCCAAAGCCUACGAGGAAGUGCAUGAUGAACUCAUUGAACCAACACCCGUUCAUAAGCCAGAAGAACCUGUGCCAGUCAUGUGGGAACGUGGUAAGAAGCAAACUUUAGUUCAACAACAGCAAGUUAUCGACAUACAACAAACUCAACAAAUCUCUGAAGAGACCAGUGUUGUCGAAGAAACUAAAAAGAUUAGCCAGAAGCGUGUAAUACCUGCUCCCAAACAGGAGGAAAGAGUAGAACAGGUGGUUUUGAAACCCACACCACGUCAAAAACCAAAACAAGUACAAAAGGAAGAAUUGCAAGUCACAACACUCAAGCGUACCCAACAAGUUAAAACUGUUGAGGAACAACCUACAAAAGUAUACGAAGAAGCUGUAGAUACUUUGGAGGAAGAAACCAAACCUCAACAAUUAGAAGAAUUGCAACCUGUUAUGUGGGAAAGAGGUAAGAAAAAACCCAUCACCAAACAGGAAGAACAACCUCAGAAGGCUUAUGAGGAAGCUGUAGAUGAGUUGCAGGAAGAACCACAAGAUAAACCUGUUAAAACGCCCCAACCUGUUUUGUGGGAACGUGGAAAGAAGAAACCCACUAAAGUCCAAGAAACACCAUUGGAGGCACAACCAUCAAAAUCCUAUGAAGAAGUUGUCGAUGAAUUACCAGAAGAACCUAAACCACAACAACCAGAACAACAGCCUGUGUUGUGGGAGCGUGGAAAGAAGAAGACUGAACAAGUUCAAGAGGAAGUAACUCAAAUUGCACAAACUACCGAAGUUACUCAAGUCGAAGAACAAUUGGUUGUUGAAGAACAGAGAGUCGAAGAAGUCAAAAAGAAGAUCAUUCCUAAAGUAAUGCCACAACAAAAGGAAGAAAAGAUGGAACAAGUUCAAUUGAAACCAACACCACGACCAAAACCAAAGGAAAAGCCCAAACCAGAAGAAAUACAAUUGAAACCAUUUAAACGUACACCCGCUGUGAAGACACAGGAAGUUGUAGAACAGCCCGAAAAGGCUUACGAAGAGGUGGUCGAUACCUUGCCCGAACAACCUGAAGAACAAGUACCCGAACAACCUCAACCAGUUGCUUGGGAAAGAGGCAAAAAGAAGAAACCUGUUCCACAACAGGUUGAAGAAUUGAUUCAGGAUCAACCUGAGAAGGCUUUCGAGGAAGUUGUAGAUGUUUUGCCUGAAGCACCCAAGGAAGAACAAGUUGAAGAACCUCAACCAGUUAUGUGGCAACGAGGCAAGAAGAAGCCAAAGAAACCAGUAGAAGAACCUCAACCAGAACCCGAAGAAGUUGUUGAAGAAGAGGAAAUUGUACCUGUAGAAGAAGAGGAAGAAGAAGAAGUGAAGGAAACCACAAAAGUAAUUAAAAAGAAAAAGGUAAAGAAACCCAAAACAAAACCAGCAACUGAGGAAGAAGAAAUUGUUGAAGAUGAGACUGAGCCCAUAGAAGACAUUCCACAGGAAGAAAUUGAAGAAGUUGAACCUGAGAAACCGGAAGAACCAAAGCGCGUCAAGAAAAUACUACCUCAAGAGCCAGAAAAGCCAGAACAGGUGCAACUUAAACCAGUACCAAGAAAGCAAUUUGCCAAACCUCAAGAAGAAAAGAUUGAACAAGUUCAACUGAAACCAAGAAAGAAGCCAGUUGUACAGGAAGAGACAGUACAACCCGCAGAAGCUGAAAUUGAAGAGUUUGAACAACCAGAAAAAAUCACAUUUGUUGAAGAGGUCGAGGAAGAUGUUACUGUUAAACGUACCAAGAAGAAGAAACCCAAGAAGAAGCCAGUACAACAAGAUGAAGAAGAACCCUUACAGGAACCUGAAGAGGAAGAAGUCGAAGAAUUCGAAGAAGUUCCACACGAAGAGCCUGUACCAGAAGAUAUUGUUAAGGAGGAAGAAACUCCAAAACAACCCGAAGUUGUGGCCAAACCUAAACCUCAGCCUCAACCUGUUGAAGAGAAAGUGGAAGAAGUUAAACUUAAGCCAACUAGAAAGCCCAUCAAACAAUUACCUCAAGAGGAAACCAUUGAAGAAGUACGUCUCAAACCUAUUAAACGUGGUACUCCUAAACCCGAAGAACAAAAACUUGAAGAAGUUGUUUUGCAACACGUUGAAAAACUUGAAGAUGAAGUUGUGAUUGAAGAACAAAAGAAGGUCAAAAAGGUGAAGAAACCCAAACACAAAGAUCUACCCGAAAUUCCAGAUGUCGAGCCAGUUGAACUGGAAACAGCUGAACAUAUUGAACUAGAAAGAGAACCUAAAGUUGAGGAGCCUCAACCUCAAGUACCCUGGAAACGAGGAGAAAAGAAGAAGCCUGUUGAGCAGCCCAUUGAAGAAAAACAAUGGCCAACUGGCAAGCGUCGUCCCUUGGCUGAGGAGCAACCAGAAGAAGUAGUAUUGAAACCCAUACCAGCCAAACCGAAAGAAGAACCACUGAAGCCACAAAAGGCUGUACCGGCUCCCGAAUUCAAACCUGAAGAAAAACAACCUUCUGAAGAAAAAGAAUUCGAGAUUGAACCUGUUCCUGUGGUCGACGAAGAGAAACCCAUUAAGGAAAAACCCAAAAAGAAGAAGAAGCCCAAGUUACAAAAGGGCACUCCAUCUGUCGAUGAAGUUUCCGAGGAAAUUGCAGAGCCAUUUGCUGAGCCUAUUGCCGAAGAAGAUCAAGUCGAGGAAAUACCCAUUGAGGAUGUAAAAGAAGUGGCUAUUUCCGAGCAAGUAGAACCCGAGGAAGAGUUAGUGCACACUGAAGAUGUACCAGCAUCCAAACAAAAGGCUCAUAAGAAGCGUACAAAGAGCCUCAAGGCUGUAUCAUUCGAAGAACAGCCACAAGUGCUGGAAGCCACUGUUAUUGAUGCUGAAGAAAUCGUACAAGAGGAAGAAAUAUCCCAAGAAGUCUCACAAAAGACCAUACUACUCAAUAAGAAACCCGAAGAUACCAGACCUCAAUACAUAACCACCGAACAACUGAUUGAAGUUGAUGUGGAUGAAGUCAAGCGUAAUGUCGAAAUGAAGGUUACCUCAAAUAUUGUCAAGAAAGACAGACGUCGCAUCAUUAUGGACGACAGCCAACCCUUACCUGAAUUGGAAUUGAUAACACAAAAACGUGUCCAAGAAGGUUUAGAUAAGGUGGCCGACGAAGAGUAUAUUGAAGAGGAACCCAUAAGACAGCACGAGGAAACCACUACUUCUGAGGUAAUCGAGCAAACACGCAAGAUUAUCAAAAAGAAAAAGAAGGAAGUCAAACCACCACGUAUCACUGAAAAGUUACGACCACGUAUGUGUGUACCCGAAGAACCUACGGUUCUGGAGUGCAAAGUCGAAGGUAUACCAUUCCCUGAAAUCAAUUGGUACUUCAAUGAUAUGUUACUGUUUGCAUCAGAGAAAUACGAACUCAAUGUGGUGGAACAUGUGGCUCAAUUGAAAAUUGCCAAAGUUACACCAAGUGAUGUGGGAAUUUAUACAUGUGAAGCUAAGAACGAGGCUGGUGUAGCGAUUACACGCACCAACAUUGCCCUAGAAAAAGAACAGGGUAUUGCACCACAAUUCACCAAGCCCUUAAAAAUCGAAUUCAUUGAGGAAAAACAACCCGAACGUCUUAAGGUCCAUGUUACUUGCCAAGUUACUGGCAAACCCAUGCCCCAGGUUAAAUGGUAUCACGGCGUCGAAGAGAUCAUACCCAGUGAAACUGUACAAAUGUUCUACAACGAAGAGACCGGUGAUGUGGCUUUGGAAGUUAUUAAUCCAACUCCAAAUGAGGCAAUUACCUAUUCGGUACAAGCUCAAAAUCAAUUUGGUCGUGCCAUUGGCAAUGCCAAUAUCUUGAGUCGCGUUGAUGAAAGCCAACCCAAGGAAUUGUUAAAGGCCCCUACCGUCACACCUCUAAAUGCCUUGGUUAUACCUCAUGGCGGUACUUUAUUGUUCGAGGCCAAAUAUGAUGGUCUACCCAGACCAGAAAUUAAAUGGUUACGCAAUGGUCGUGAAGUAGAAAUUAACGAAGACAUUACCAUCGAAACGACAGAGACCACAACCAUGAUUAAGAUUGUUAAUAUGACGCGCAAGCGUACUGGCAAAUAUGAGAUUGCAGUCAAAAACAAGGUGGGUGAGGCCAAGUCCUCCGGCUCCGUCAUGGUUACCGAUGAUCAACAAUACAAAGAAAUCCAACCACCUCGCUUCAUUAAGCCCUUGCAUCCCCAAUAUUUCGGCGAAAAUGAAGUUGCCCUCCUCGAAGCCAUAGUAGAAUCUGAACCUUUAUCAUCGUUCCAAUGGUUUGUGCACAAUGAACCCAUUAAGAGCUCCACCGAAUGUCGCAUAGUCUCAAAGGCUAACAAAUCCACUUUGCUUAUAGCCAACUUUGAGAAGAAAUACACUGGUCCCUAUACCUGUCGUGCCGAAAACGUUGGUGGUUCGGUAACCUCAACAGCUACUGUGCAUCUCCUGGAAGAUGCUCCUCAAGAGGAAGCUGAAGUCUUUGAAUCACCACGUUUUGUGGAAGAACUUAUCGAACCCGUUGAGGUUAUGGACGGUGAGCCCUUAGAGCUCAACUGUAAGGUGGUGGGAAAACCCAUACCCAAGGUGGAAUGGUAUCACAACAAUGAAAAGAUUGUCGAGAACAAAGAAACAGUUAUAGUACAAGAUGCUGAGGGCAAUUGCCAAUUGCAAAUAACCGAAGUUUUCCCCGAAAACGAUGGCGAAUACAAAUGUGUGGCCACAAAUAAAAUUGGUGAAACUGUCACAAAGACAACUGUCAACAUACAAGCAUUUGAAUAUAUCCCCGAUUCUGAAAUCACUGGACUCUCAGCUUCGGAAGAAGAUCUUCUGGAUAAGACAAGCUCGAUCGACGAACAAGCACCGAAAAUAGUUAAGAAACUACCUGAAAAAAUCGAACCCAAAGAGGGUGAAUUACCGAAACUGGAAGUCAAAGUUAUUGGCAAACCGAAGCCAAAGGUUAAAUGGUUACGCGAUGGCGAAGAAAUCUUUGCUUCCGAAGAAUAUCAAAUCGAAAAUUUCGAAGAUGGCACAUCCGUGCUGGUCAUCAAUAACGUAUAUCCCGAUGAUGUGGGUACAAUUAGUUUUGAGGCUUACAAUCCAUUGGGUAUAGCAGUGACAACAGCUCUGUUUUCGGUUGAAGGCAUUGUUGGUACUAAGGAUUACCGCAAACCGGAAUGGGUGACUCAUAUGGAAGAAAUGCAAAAGGCUCUUAAAGAUACCACACAAACAAUUCACACACCAGAACACACAGAUACACACGAAACAUCACAACAAAUUACAGAAAUGCCUGAAGAAAUUCGCGAGGUAGAAAUAAUUUCCAAUGACGGUAAACUAAAGAAAAAGAAGAUCCGCACACGCGUUAUCAAGAAGGUCAAGGGUAAUAAGCAAGAGGUCACCAAGAUCGAAACAGUUGAAGAAGAUGACAAACAACCUGAAACUACUGUUACCGUCGAAGAAACUCCAAUCGAAGAACAACCUGAAGAAGUCAAAGAACUUCCUGAAGAAGUAAAAGUAAUUGAGACAAUUUCAGAAGACGGCAAGCUCAAGAAAAAGAAGAUCCGCACACGCGUUAUCAAGAAGGUCAAGGGCAAUAAACAAGAGGUCACCAAGAUCGAAACAGUCGAAGAGGACGACAAACAACCUGAAACUACAGUUACUGUCGAAGAAACUCCAAUCGAUGAACUACCUGAAGAAGUCAAAGAACUUCCUGAAGAAGUAAAAGUAAUUGAGACAAUUUCAGAAGACGGAAAGCUCAAGAAAAAGAAGAUCCGCACACGCGUUAUCAAGAAGGUCAAGGGUAAUAAACAAGAGGUCACCAAGAUCGAAACAGUUGAAGAAGAUGACAAACAACCUGAAACUACAGUUACUGUCGAAGAAACUCCAAUUGACGACAAACCUGAAGAAGUCAAAGAACUUCCUGAAGAAGUUAAAGUAAUUGAGACAAUUUCAGAAGACGGCAAGCUCAAGAAAAAGAAGAUCCGCACACGCGUCAUCAAGAAGGUCAAGGGUAAUAAACAAGAGGUCACCAAGAUCGAAACAGUUGAAGAAGAUGACAAACAACCUGAAACCACAGUUACUGUCGAAGAAACUCCAAUCGAUGAACAACCUGAAGAAGUCAAAGAACUUCCUGAAGAAGUUAAAGUAAUUGAGACAAUUUCAGAAGACGGCAAGCUCAAGAAAAAGAAGAUCCGCACACGCGUCAUCAAGAAGGUCAAGGGUAAUAAACAAGAGGUCACCAAGAUCGAAACAGUUGAAGAAGAUGACAAACAACCUGAAACUACAGUUACUGUCGAAGAAACUCCAAUUGACGACAAACCUGAAGAAGUCAGAGAACUUCCUGAAGAAGUUCGUGUUGUGGAGUCUAUUUCUGAAGAUGGUAAACCCAAGAAGAAGGUUGUCCGUACCCGUGUUAUCAAAAAGGUUAAGGGUGGCAAACAAGAAGUCACCAAGAUAGAAACCGUAGAAGAAGAUGACAAACAACCUGAAACCACAGUUACUGUUGAGGAAACUCCUAUUGAAGAACAACCUGAAGAAGUUAAAGAGCUUCCUGAAGAAGUUCGUAUUGUGGAGUCUAUUUCUGAAGAUGGUAAACCCAAGAAGAAGGUUGUCCGUACCCGUGUUAUCAAAAAGGUUAAGGGUGGCAAACAAGAAGUCACCAAGAUUGAAACCGUAGAAGAAGAUGACAAACAACCUGAAACCACAGUAACUGUUGAGGAAACUCCUAUUGAAGAACAACCUGAAGAAGUUAAAGAGCUUCCUGAAGAAGUUCGUGUUGUGGAGUCUAUUUCUGAAGAUGGUAAACCCAAGAAGAAGGUUGUCCGUACCCGUGUUAUCAAAAAGGUUAAGGGUGGCAAACAAGAAGUCACCAAGAUUGAAACCGUAGAAGAAGAUGACAAACAACCUGAAACCACAGUUACAGUUGAGGAAACUCCUAUUGAAGAACAACCUGAAGAAGUUAAAGAGCUUCCUGAAGAAGUUCGUGUUGUGGAGUCUAUUUCUGAAGAUGGUAAGCCCAAGAAGAAGGUUGUCCGUACCCGUGUUAUCAAAAAGGUUAAGGGUGGCAAACAAGAAGUCACCAAGAUUGAAACCGUAGAAGAAGAUGACAAACAACCUGAAACCACAGUUACUGUUGAGGAAACUCCUAUUGAAGAACAACCUGAAGAAGUUAAAGAGCUUCCUGAAGAAGUUCGUAUUGUGGAGUCUAUUUCUGAAGAUGGUAAACCCAAGAAGAAGGUUGUCCGUACCCGUGUUAUCAAAAAGGUUAAGGGUGGCAAACAAGAAGUCACCAAGAUUGAAACCGUAGAAGAAGAUGACAAACAACCUGAAACCACAGUAACUGUUGAGGAAACUCCUAUUGAAGAACAACCUGAAGAAGUUAAAGAGCUUCCUGAAGAAGUUCGUGUUGUGGAGUCUAUUUCUGAAGAUGGUAAACCCAAGAAGAAGGUUGUCCGUACCCGUGUUAUCAAAAAGGUUAAGGGUGGCAAACAAGAAGUCACCAAGAUUGAAACCGUAGAAGAAGAUGACAAACAACCUGAAACCACAGUUACAGUUGAGGAAACUCCUAUUGAAGAACAACCUGAAGAAGUUAAAGAGCUUCCUGAAGAAGUUCGUGUUGUGGAGUCUAUUUCUGAAGAUGGUAAGCCCAAGAAGAAGGUUGUCCGUACCCGUGUUAUCAAAAAGGUUAAGGGUGGCAAACAAGAAGUCACCAAGAUAGAAACCGUAGAAGAAGAUGACAAACAACCUGAAACCACAGUUACUGUUGAGGAAACUCCUAUUGAAGAACAACCUGAAGAAGUUAAAGAGCUUCCUGAAGAAGUUCGUAUUGUGGAGUCUAUUUCUGAAGAUGGUAAACCCAAGAAGAAGGUUGUGCGUACCCGUGUUAUCAAAAAGGUUAAGGGUGGCAAACAAGAAGUCACCAAGAUUGAAACCGUAGAAGAAGAUGACAAACAACCAGAAACCACUGUUACUGUUGAGGAAACUCCUAUUGAAGAACAACCUGAAGAAGUUAAAGAGCUUCCUGAAGAAGUUCGUGUUGUGGAGUCUAUUUCUGAAGAUGGUAAACCCAAGAAGAAGGUUGUCCGUACCCGUGUUAUCAAAAAGGUUAAGGGUGGCAAACAAGAAGUCACCAAGAUUGAAACCGUAGAAGAAGAUGACAAACAACCUGAAACCACAGUUACUGUUGAGGAAACUCCUACUGAAGAACAACCUGAAGAAGUUAAAGAGCUUCCUGAAGAAGUUCGUGUUGUGGAGUCUAUUUCUGAAGAUGGUAAACCCAAGAAGAAGGUUGUCCGUACCCGUGUCAUCAAAAAGGUUAAGGGUGGCAAACAAGAAGUCACCAAGAUUGAAACCGUAGAAGAAGAUGACAAACAACCUGAAACCACAGUAACUGUUGAGGAAACUCCUAUUGAAGAACAACCUGAAGAAGUUAAAGAGCUUCCUGAAGAAGUUCGUGUUGUGGAGUCUAUUUCUGAAGAUGGUAAACCCAAGAAGAAGGUUGUCCGUACCCGUGUUAUCAAAAAGGUUAAGGGUGGCAAACAAGAAGUCACCAAGAUUGAAACCGUAGAAGAAGAUGACAAACAACCUGAAACCACAGUUACAGUUGAGGAAACUCCUAUUGAAGAACAACCUGAAGAAGUUAAAGAGCUUCCUGAAGAAGUUCGUGUUGUGGAGUCUAUUUCUGAAGAUGGUAAACCCAAGAAGAAGGUUGUCCGUACCCGUGUUAUCAAAAAGGUUAAGGGUGGCAAACAAGAAGUCACCAAGAUUGAAACCGUAGAAGAAGAUGACAAACAACCUGAAACCACAGUUACAGUUGAGGAAACUCCUAUUGAAGAACAACCUGAAGAAGUUAAAGAGCUUCCUGAAGAAGUUCGUGUUGUGGAGUCUAUUUCUGAAGAUGGUAAGCCCAAGAAGAAGGUUGUCCGUACCCGUGUUAUCAAAAAGGUUAAGGGUGGCAAACAAGAAGUCACCAAGAUUGAAACCGUAGAAGAAGAUGACAAACAACCAGAAACCACUGUUACUGUUGAGGAAACUCCUAUUGAAGAACAACCUGAAGAAGUUAAAGAGCUUCCUGAAGAAGUUCGUGUUGUGGAGUCUAUUUCUGAAGAUGGUAAACCCAAGAAGAAGGUUGUCCGUACCCGUGUUAUCAAAAAGGUUAAGGGUGGCAAACAAGAAGUCACCAAGAUUGAAACCGUAGAAGAAGAUGACAAACAACCUGAAACCACAGUUACAGUUGAGGAAACUCCUAUUGAAGAACAGCCUGAAGAAGUUAAAGAGCUUCCUGAAGAAGUUCGUGUUGUGGAGUCUAUUUCUGAAGAUGGUAAACCCAAGAAGAAGGUUGUCCGUACCCGUGUUAUCAAAAAGGUUAAGGGUGGCAAACAAGAAGUCACCAAGAUUGAAACCGUAGAAGAAGAUGACAAACAACCUGAAACCACAGUUACAGUUGAGGAAACUCCUAUUGAAGAACAACCUGAAGAAGUUAAAGAGCUUCCUGAAGAAGUUCGUGUUGUGGAGUCUAUUUCUGAAGAUGGUAAGCCCAAGAAGAAGGUUGUCCGUACCCGUGUUAUCAAAAAGGUUAAGGGUGGCAAACAAGAAGUCACCAAGAUUGAAACUGUAGAAGAAGAUGACAAACAACCUGAGACCACUGUUACUGUUGAGGAAACUCCUAUUGAAGAACAACCUGAAGAAGUUAAAGAGCUUCCUGAAGAAGUUCGUGUUGUGGAGUCUAUUUCUGAAGAUGGUAAACCCAAGAAGAAGGUUGUCCGUACCCGUGUUAUCAAAAAGGUUAAGGGUGGCAAACAAGAAGUCACCAAGAUUGAAACCGUAGAAGAAGAUGACAAACAACCUGAAACCACAGUUACUGUUGAGGAAACUCCUAUUGAAGAACAACCUGAAGAAGUUAAAGAGCUUCCUGAAGAAGUUCGUGUUGUGGAGUCUAUUUCUGAAGAUGGUAAACCCAAGAAGAAGGUUGUCCGUACCCGUGUUAUCAAAAAGGUUAAGGGUGGCAAACAAGAAGUCACCAAAAUUGAAACCGUAGAAGAAGAUGAUAAACAACCUGAAACCACAGUUACUGUUGAGGAAACUCCUAUUGAAGAACAACCUGAAGAAGUUAAAGAGCUUCCUGAAGAAGUUCGUGUUGUGGAGUCUAUUUCUGAAGAUGGUAAACCUAAGAAGAAGGUUGUCCGUACCCGUGUUAUCAAAAAGGUUAAGGGUGGCAAACAAGAAGUCACCAAGAUUGAAACCGUAGAAGAAGAUGAUAAACAACCUGAAACCACAGUUACUGUUGAGGAAACUCCUAUUGAAGAACAACCUGAAGAAGUUAAAGAGCUUCCUGAAGAAGUUCGUGUUGUGGAGUCUAUUUCUGAAGAUGGUAAACCUAAGAAGAAGGUUGUCCGUACCCGUGUUAUCAAAAAGGUUAAGGGUGGAAAACAAGAAGUCACCAAGAUCGAAACCGUAGAAGAAGAUGACAAACAACCUGAAACCACAGUAACUGUUGAGGAAACUCCUAUUGAAGAAAAACCCGAAGAAAUCAGAGAACUUCCUGAAGAAGUCCGUGUUGUGGAGUCUAUUUCAGAAGAUGGUAAACCCAAGAAGAAGGUUGUCCGUACCCGUGUUAUCAAAAAGGUUAAGGGUGGAAAACAAGAAGUCACCAAGAUCGAAACCGUAGAAGAAGAUGACAAACAACCUGAAACCACAGUAACUGUUGAGGAAACUCCUAUUGAAGAAAAACCCGAAGAAAUCAGAGAACUUCCUGAAGAAGUACGUGUUGUAGAGUCUAUUUCUGAAGAUGGUAAACCCAAGAAGAAGAUUGUCCGUACCCGUGUUAUCAAAAAGGUUAAGGGUGGAAAACAAGAAGUCACCAAGAUCGAAACCGUAGAAGAAGAUGACAAACAACCUGAAACCACAGUAACUGUUGAGGAAACUCCUAUUGAAGAAAAACCCGAAGAAAUCAGAGAACUUCCUGAAGAAGUACGUGUUGUAGAGUCUAUUUCUGAAGAUGGUAAACCCAAGAAGAAGAUUGUCCGUACCCGUGUUAUCAAAAAGGUUAAGGGUGGAAAACAAGAAGUCACCAAGAUCGAAACCGUAGAAGAAGAUGACAAACAACCUGAAACCACAGUAACUGUUGAGGAAACUCCUAUUGAAGAAAAACCCGAAGAAAUCAGAGAGCUUCCUGAAGAAGUUCGUGUUGUGGAGUCUAUUUCUGAAGAUGGUAAACCUAAGAAGAAGGUUGUCCGUACCCGUGUUAUCAAAAAGGUUAAGGGUGGCAAACAAGAAGUCACCAAGAUUGAAACCGUUGAAGAAGAUGACAAGCAACCUGAAACCACAGUAACUGUUGAGGAAACUCCUGUUGAAGAACAACCUGAAGAAAUCAAAGAGCUUCCAGAGGAAGUCCGUGUUGUGGAGUCUAUUUCUGAAGAUGGUAAACCCAAGAAGAAGGUUGUGCGUACCCGUGUGAUCAAAAAGGUUAAGGGUGGCAAGCAAGAAGUCACCAAGAUUGAAACCAUAGAAGAAGAUGACAAACAACCUGAAACCACAGUAACUGUUGAGGAAACUCCUGUUGAAGAACAGCCUGAAGAAAUCAGAGAGCUUCCAGAGGAAGUCCGUGUUGUGGAGUCUAUUUCUGAAGAUGGUAAACCCAAGAAGAAGGUUGUCCGUACCCGUGUUAUUAAAAAGGUUAAGGGUGGCAAACAAGAAGUCACCAAGAUUGAAACCGUAGAAGAUGACAAACUACCUGAAACCACAGUAACUGUUGAGGAAACUCCUAUUGAAGAACAACCUGAAGAAAUCAAAGAGCUUCCAGAAGAAGUCCGUGUUGUGGAGUCUAUUUCUGAAGAUGGUAAACCCAAGAAGAAGGUUGUCCGUACCCGUGUUAUUAAAAAGGUUAAGGGUGGCAAACAAGAAGUCACCAAGAUUGAAACCGUAGAAGAAGAUGAUAAACAACCUGAAACCACAGUAACUGUUGAGGAAACUCCUGUUGAAGAACAACCUGAAGAAAUCAAAGAGCUUCCAGAGGAAGUCCGUGUUGUGGAGUCUAUUUCUGAAGAUGGUAAACCCAAGAAGAAGGUUGUGCGUACCCGUGUGAUCAAAAAGGUUAAGGGUGGCAAGCAAGAAGUCACCAAGAUUGAAACCAUAGAAGAAGAUGACAAACAACCUGAAACCACAGUAACUGUUGAGGAAACUCCUGUUGAAGAACAGCCUGAAGAAAUCAGAGAGCUUCCAGAAGAAGUCCGUGUUGUGGAGUCUAUUUCUGAAGAUGGUAAACCCAAGAAGAAGGUUGUCCGUACCCGUGUUAUUAAAAAGGUUAAGGGUGGCAAACAAGAAGUCACCAAGAUUGAAACCGUAGAAGAAGAUGACAAACAACCUGAAACCACAGUAACUGUUGAGGAAACUCCUGUUGAAGAACAACCUGAAGAAAUCAAAGAGCUUCCAGAGGAAGUCCGUGUUGUGGAGUCUAUUUCUGAAGAUGGUAAACCCAAGAAGAAGGUUGUGCGUACCCGUGUGAUCAAAAAGGUUAAGGGUGGCAAGCAAGAAGUCACCAAGAUUGAAACCGUAGAAGAAGAUGACAAACAACCUGAAACCACAGUAACUGUUGAGGAAACUCCUGUUGAAGAACAACCUGAAGAAAUCAAAGAGCUUCCAGAGGAAGUCCGUGUUGUGGAGUCUAUUUCUGAAGAUGGUAAACCCAAGAAGAAGGUUGUCCGUACCCGUGUUAUUAAAAAGGUUAAGGGUGGCAAACAAGAAGUCACGAAGAUUGAAACCGUAGAAGAAGAUGACAAACUACCUGAAACCACAGUAACUGUUGAGGAAACUCCUAUUGAAGAACAACCUGAAGAGAUCAAAAAGCUUCCCGAAGAAGUUCGUGUUGAAGAAUAUAUUACUAAAGAUGGUGAGCCUAAAAAGAAGGUUGUCCGUACCCGUGUUAUUAAAAAGGUUAAAGGAGAAAGACAAGAAUUGACUACAAUUGAGACUGUUGAAAAGGAUGGUGAGAAGCCAGAAACCACCAUUACUGUAGAAGAAUCACCAGUUUUGAAAGACGAAACCACUCCAUUUAAACAAGUAAAAUUAAAGCGAGUUAUUCGAGUUAAACAGCCUGAUGAUGAAGAAAUUGUUGUAGAGCUUCCUGAACAGAAAUCUGUUAUUAUAGAUCAAAAAGAAGAUGGUACUCCUACCAAGACUGUUAUUAAGACUAAGAUUAUAAAGAAAAUCAAGGGACCAAAAAUGGAAAUAACAAAGAUACAAACCGUUGAAGAGUUUGAAAAGGAACCAGUUACAAAGGUUACAGUACAGGACUACGACGAGCCAUUCCCAGAAUUAGUGGAAGAGAAAGUUGUACCAGUUAUUGAAUUACCUGAAGAGAAUAUUGUUGAAGACUACACCGCCACAGAUGGAACCACAAAAACUAGAAAGAUCAAAAAGAAAACUAUUAAGAAACCAUUAGGAGACAAAGCGGACGAAGUCACUGAAAUUCAAAUUGUGGAAGAGGAAGGCGAAGAGCCUAGGUAUCUGGUUACUGUUAAGGAAAUCGAAAAAACUGAAACUGAUGAGAUUGAUGUUACACCAUCUUUGGAAUUACCCGAACAACAUACAGUAUUGGAAACGCAAACUUCUGAUGGUAAAACAAAGAAGAAGACUGUAAAAACAAGAUCCUUCAAAAAGCCCAUGGAUGAAGAAAAAGACGAAAUCACAACAAUUCAGUUUGUUGAACAUGAUGACAACGAACCUAUUGCCACUGUUAAGAUCGAGGAGACACCAGCCGAUGAAGUGCUUACCGAACCUAUACCAAUUGAGGAAUUACCCGAAGAAAUUGUAGAAUCUGAAAUUAUUGAGGAGGGUAAGAAGCCUAAAAAGAAAACUACAAAAACUCGUACCUUCAAAAAGGAUAUCUCACCCGAGCCUGAAUUUUACCAAAUACAAACCAUUGAGGAAGAAGGACAAGAACCCUAUUCCUUAAUACAAGUUGUAAGCGAAGGAGAUCUCACAAACAUUAUCGAUAUUAGUAGUUUGGAUGAUGAACAGCAACCAAAACCCACUAAAAAAACACAAAAACACAAAAAGCCCAAGGAUGAAAAGCCGAUCCAAGAACAGACAAAGGAUGAAAAACCUGUAUUUAUUACAACAUUCAAAUCAGUACAAAAUGAAGACGGUGAAACAGUCAUUGAAACCGAAAACAAGAAGGUUACACAAGAGGAGGGAGUUCUGGUCGAAGAGGUCCUUAGUGAUACUGAAACGGCUAUAGAACAAGAUGAUGAAGAAACAUCACCCUCAAACAUAGAAAUUGUAGAAGUCAACGAAAUCACAGACCAAGAUACUAAACCAUACACUAUCAUUGAACCCGAUGAUGUUGUAAGUGAAGACACAACACAAACAGAGCAUACAGAAACGCCCAAACAAAAACCUAAAACGAAAAAGCCAAAAACCACCAAAUUUAAUGUUAUUGAAGAGCAGCCGGAAGAACAGCAAACGGAACCGUUAACGGUUGAGUAUUUGCCGGAGGAAGUAAUGGAAGUAGAAUUGCCAACUGCAGAAGGCAAAGAUGAUGUGCAGGAACCGCAGCAAACCACCACGAUUAAGAAGUGCAAGAUUAAGAAAAAGAUUGGUGAUCAAGAGCAAACAAUUGAGGUGAUAACUACCCAGAAACCUGGCCAAGAGGAAGAAGUUACAGUGGUUGUAACUGAAGACGACAAGCCAGAAGAGACGAAACCGGACUGGAAAGUUAAGGUGACAGACAGUGUGGUAGAGAAACCGAAAGACAAACCCAAGAAAAAACCGACUAAGAAAAAACUUAAGAAAGACGAACUUGACGACUACAUACAGUUCCUAAUACAUCAGGAAAUACCCAAGACAGUUUUGCAAGACUAUCAACGUACCGAAAUGGAUCAGCCUCAGAAGGCCCGUCGUGAUUCAUCGGUGAAACAGCUGAAACCCAUUAAACUUGUACCCAUGAAAAUUGAACGUGUCGAGGUGAAGAAAUCGAGAAUGAUUGAAAUCUCUUCUGUGGCCGAAUUUCCACAAAUGCUUAAACUUAAAACACCAAAACAAAGACCCGAACAACCUAAAAUCAAAAAGGAGAAGGUGCCAUUUAAGACCAAACUCAAGAGUUGGAUUAACUUUGUGCCCUAUUCGCCCUAUAACUUCAAGCUGAUCAUAACAGAUCUCGAGACAAAACGUGGUCAAGGUGAGCUAUCACGUAAUGUAGAGGAAGCUUUGUUGGUUCUCAAGAAACGUCCUAAGAAAUUCAAGCCAACCGAGUUCUCCGCCGAGGAGUUGGAACAAGCUAUCCCAUAUGAGGAAGAGGAACUUCCACUGGAGGAGCCAGAAAAGCCCGAAACAAAAUAUAAGCGCCCUAAGAAGCCUAAAAAGGAAGAGGAACAGCCCGAAGAACGUAAUCUUAAAAUCGGCAAGGGUAAAAUACCUCAAACUGUUGAAGAAAGAGAAGAAAUUGUCCUUAAACCAUUUACAAUUGAAGAGCCCCAAGAAGCUCAAAUAGCCGAACAGCCUAAAGUCAAAGAAGAAGCCAAGAAAAAGAAGAAACCCAAAAGGCUUCAAGAUCAAGACACUAACAUCAAAUUCGAGACUCAAGAUUUUGAACAUCCCGAAUCCGAUACAGAGUCUGUAACCAAGGUUGUGGAAGUCAUUGAGUAUCAGCCUGAAAUUAUCGAGGAGCAACAACCUGAAGACAAAGAUCAAAAGAAACCUAAAACCAAAAAGAAGAGGAAAAUUUUACAAAAAACUGAAUCUUCUGAAAAUAUUAUCGAAAUUAUCGAGCUUCCAAGUGACAAACCUGACGAAGAGGAAAAACUUUAUGAAAUUAUUGUAACCUCAAGCCAAGUUGAUGAAACGGAUACAGUACAAGCUGUAGUAACAAAGAAAAAGAAGAAACUGGCAAAACUUAAGCCCCAGGAAUUGGAAGAAUUUGUUGCCGAGCUGCAGGAACAACCGGUUGAUGUCAUUGAAGAUAAUUUCUAUGAAAUUUCUCUAACUGAACUACAGCCCACCGAAACAGAAGAAGUGACAGAUGUAACCAAGAAGUUGGUCAAGAAACGCAAACUUCAUCAUAAGAAGGGCAACGAAGAACAAAUCAUAGAAAUAGUAGAAGCUCCUGUCCAAGAAGGUGAGGAACCUGUUUAUGAAGUCUUAAUCACCGACUUAGAAGGCUCCAUUCCUGAAGACAAAUCUCCCGAGGAGCAAGAGAAAAAGAAGAAAAAACCCAAGAAAAUGAAAAAACACGAAUUGGAUGCUUACAUUCAGCAACUGAUAGAAGCUGAAAUUCCCAAGACCGAACUUGAACAAUAUGAAAAGAUUGAGUUCGGUCAAAGAGCUAAAAAGGCCAAGAAGUCUAAACCACAUACUAAAAAGGAACAGCCACAAGAAGGCGAGCAACUUGAAAUUGGUAUAUCUGAAUUUGAACCCGUUAAAGAAAAGCCCAAGCAAAAGAAAUCCAAACCUCAUCCCAAACCCGAAAAACCACAAGAACUUCCACGCGACGAAGAAACUUAUGAAGAAUUACAAAUCCAAGUAACUGAAACUACACCUGAAGAAAAGAAAGUACCUGAACAGGAUACAGAACACAUUCAGGUGUACGAACUGGAAGCACCAAAAGAACUUGAUGAUUUCAAGGUAGUUGUACAAGAGGUUACCGAACAAACGGAGACUGUAACAGAGACCACCGAAGAUGGUGAGAUUAAAGAAAAGACUAAAACAAAACGUAAAAUUAAAAAGAAGGUUGGCGACAGGGAAUAUGAAGUUCUUGUUAUUGAAGAACAAACUGAUAAGCAGCCCGAGGUAGAAGUUACGGUUAUAACUACAGAAAUAACGCCAGAACAGCCAACAGAAUCCAAUGUAGAAGAAAAGCCUCGCAAACCCAAGAAGGUUAAAAAGACUCUAAAGCAAGAAGAUCUAGAGGAAUACUUAGUACGUGUCAUCAAUGAGGCACCUCAAAAAUUGGAAUCCACUCGCAUAGUCGAAGAAUUUAAACCCCAAGAAAAGCUACAGCCUGAUGAAAUUGAUGGUUCUAUAUACUCUGUCAAAACAACGGUAGAAGAUGAAUCUGACACCGAGGAAACCAAACCUACCGAAGAAGAAGAACAAAAGGAAACUACAAAAACCAAAAAACCUAAGGUAACCAAAACUAAGAAGGUUAAGGUAACAGAAACAACUGAAGCUAAGGUUGAGGAUGUUCCUCAAGAGAUUACCGUUACCGAGACAGAAGAGCAACCAGCAGAAAAAUCUACUGAAGAGAACUUCAAAAUUGAUGUAACUGAAGAAAAGCCAAAAGAAAAACCAAAAACAAAACGUACCAAACCCAAACAAACAGAAGAGACUGUAAAGGAGUACUCUGUAGUUAUAGAAGAACUUCAACCGGAAACUGUUACCCAAGACAUUGUCGACGAAACCGGUGAGGAAGUUAAGCAGACCGUUACCAAGAGAAAACUUAAAAAGAAGGAAGGUAACAAGGAAUAUCUUAUUGAGAUUGUUGAAUCGUUUGUCGAAAACAAGCCCGAAUCCGAGGUAGAAAUUACAACCACCGAAAUUGUACCCGAAGAAAUUGGGGAAGACUUGAAACCUGAAGCAGUUACAGUUAAGAAAUACAAAAAGAAGAAGUCAUUAAAGGAUGACCAUGAUGCUUAUAUACAACAGCUAAUAGAACAAGAAAUUCCCACAACCGAAUUGGAACAAUAUGAACCAACCGAUAUCGAAUCGAAACCUAAGAAAAAACCAAAGACUAUUAAGAAGCACCACAAGAAAACUACUGAGAUUGUAGAUGGUGUAGCUGUUACAGUCCAUGAAUUUGAUAUCCAAGAAGUCGUGCCUGAAAGCGAAGAGAUUGAGGAACAACCGUUUGAAAUAGUUGAAGAGGAAACCCCAGCAGAAGAACAAAUACCUGACAACUUUGAAAUCGGUUUCACAGAAGAACAAACUGUUGAAGAAAAGCCGAAGGUUGCUGAACUCAAACCCAAAACAAAGAAGAUCAAAAAGCCCACAACUAAAGAAGUGGUCGAAGAACCUGUAGUUGUUGAGGAAAUCGAACAGACUACCGAAAUCACUGAACAGCCAGAUGAGAUGGGUGAGAUUAAAAAGAAAACCGUAACUAAGCGUAAGAUAAAAACAAAGUCUGGUCCGGAAGAAAAGGUUUUCGAAAUUUCGGAAACCACACAUGAAGACCAACCAAAUGCUGAAAUUACAAUACAAGAAAUAACUGAACACGAAGAACGUCCCGAAGAGACUGAAGAAAAGCCACAAGUUAAGAAACCAGUCAAGAAAUCCAAGAAAGUGCCCAAGGAACAGAUACAAGAAUUUGUAAUUAACGUUAUUGAGGAGUAUGUAACACCCACCGUUUAUGAUGAAGAUGAAAAGAAACCGAUAGCUGUGCAAGAAUUCGAGGAAACUACUGAAAUUGUAGAGCAACCCACUGAGACUGGUGAAGUUAAAAAGAAAACCAUCACUAAACGUAAAAUCAAAACAAAAUCUGGUCCAGAAGAGAAAGUCUUCGAAGUUGUCGAGGUCACACACGAUGAUCAACCUAACGCCGAAAUAACAGUGGUGGAAAUCACUGAAGAUAUUCCAGCAGAAGAGGAGAAACCAAAAGAAAAGAAACCAGUCAAGAAAUCCAAGAAAGUGCCCAAGGAACAGAUGCAAGAGUUUGUCAUUAACGUUAUUGAGGAGUAUGUAACACCCACCGUUUAUGAAGAAGAUGAAAAGAAACCAAUAGCUGUUCAAGAAAUCGAGGAAACUACUGAAAUUAUAGAGCAACCCACUGAGACUGGUGAAGUUAAAAAGAAAACAAUCACUAAACGUAAAAUCAAAACAAAAUCUGGUCCAGAAGAGAAAGUCUUCGAAGUAGUCGAGGUUACACACGAUGAUCAACCUAACGCCGAAAUAACAGUGGUGGAAAUCACUGAAGAUAUUCCAGCAGAAGAAGAGAAACCAAAAGAAAAGAAACCGGUCAAGAAAUCCAAGAAAGUGCCCAAGGAACAGAUGCAAGAAUUUGUCAUUAACGUUAUUGAGGAGUAUGUAACACCCACCGUUUAUGAAGAUGAAAAGAAACCAAUAGCUGUUCAAGAAAUCGAGGAAACUACUGAAAUUAUAGAGCAACCCACUGAGACUGGUGAAGUUAAAAAGAAAACAAUCACUAAACGUAAAAUCAAAACAAAAUCUGGUCCAGAAGAGAAAGUCUUCGAAGUAGUCGAGGUUACACACGAUGAUCAACCUAACGCCGAAAUAACAGUGGUGGAAAUCACUGAAGAUAUUCCAGCAGAAGAGGAGAAACCAAAAGACAAGAAACCACUUAAGAAAUCUAAGAAAGUGCCCAAGGAACAGAUGCAAGAGUUUGUCAUUAACGUUAUUGAGGAGUAUGUAACACCCACCGUAUAUGAAGAAGCUGUUCAAGAAAUAGAGGAAACUACUGAAAUUAUAGAGCAACCCACUGAGACUGGUGAAGUUAAAAAGAAAACCAUCACUAAACGUAAAAUCAAAACAAAAUCUGGUCCAGAAGAGAAAGUCUUCGAAGUUGUCGAGGUCACACACGAUGAUCAACCUAACGCCGAAAUAACUGUGGUGGAAAUCACUGAAGAUAUUCCAGCAGAAGUGGAGAAACCAAAGGAAAAGAAACCACUCAAGAAAACCAAAAAAGUACCAAAAGAACAAAUGCAUGAAUUUAUUAUCAAUGUCAUUGAGGAAUAUGUUAAGCCAGAACAACCACAGGAACAACAAUCUGUUACAGUUGAGGAAACCGAAGAAAAACCAAUUGUAGUAGAAGAAAUCGAGAAGAUUACUGAAGUUGUUGAGGAACAAGAUACAACUGGCAAAGUUAAGCCCAAGACGGUUGUAAAACGCAAAAUCAAGACAAAGUCUGGUCCAGAAGGUGUCGAAAAGGUGUUCGAAAUAUCUGAAGUGACCGAAGAGGACAAACCAAUCAGUGAAGUGACCAUAUUCGAAGUAACCGAAAGUGAAGACACUCCCAAAGAUAGUGAGCAACCCAAAGAGAAGAAAAUUGUUAAAAAACCCAAGAAAAUAACCAAAGACCAGUUGGAAGACUAUCUAGUAAAUGUUAUAGAGGAAUAUGUACAACGUGAAGAAGAAACACCCGAAGAGUUGCCAAUUUCUAUUGUUGAAAUUGAUAAACAGGAAGAAGUCAUCGAUGUGGUGGACGAAGAGGGCGUGAUCAAGAAACAAAAGGUCACAAAACGCAAAAUAAAGAAACAAGUCGGACCUAAGGAAGAGAUCAUUGAAAUUGUUGAAACUCAAAGAGAAGAUCAACCUUUGGCGGAAAUAACUGUGACCACCACAGAACCCGAAGAAGUUGAGGAGGCCGAUAAGCCUGAACUAGAGAAAGCUCCCAAGCCUAAGAAAACCAAAAAGGUUAAGAAGGAUGAGUUGGAGGAUUAUAUUAUGAAACUCAUUGAACAAGAUAUACCAAAAACCGAGUUGGAGAAAUAUGAAAAGAUAGACAUUGAUGAGCCGAUCAAGUUGAAAAAGAAACCAAAGAAAGAAGUCCUACAAAAACCAGAAAAACCUCAACAGAAACCCAAACACAAACCUAAAGAACAACCUGCUCAAGAAAUUCGUGUACAAGAAAGUCAACCGGAAGAGCAAGAUACUGUUUUCCCUGUUCACGUAGAAGAGUUGGAGAAACAAGAAGAAUUAGUACAAGUAACAGAUGAAAAGGGCGAUGUUAAAACCCAAAAGGUUAUCAAGCGUAAAAUAAAGAAACAAGUUGGACCCAAAGAGGAAAUCAUUGAAAUUGUUGAGACUCAAAAGGAAGACUCACCAAUAGCUGAAAUCACUGUAACCACCCUAGAACCUGAAAAUGUCGAAGAACAGCCUGCUGCUGAGAAAGUCAAAAAGCCCAAGAAAACAAAGAAAGUAACCAAAGACGAGUUGCAAGACUACAUACAGAAAUUGAUAGAGGAAGACAUUCCUAAGACAGAGCUAGAAACAUAUGAAAAGAUUGACAUUGACAAGCCAGUAAAACUUACCAAGAAACCAUCACAUAAGGUUAAAAAGGUUGAACGAAAACCGGAAACUACUGAAAAACCAGAGACCGAAGAAUUUACCGUACAGGAAUCACAACCAGAAGAAGAAGAAACGCCCAAGGAUACAUAUGAAAUUUCCUUGCAGGACGAAGAACAACCGGUCACAAAACCAGAAAAAGAUGAAGAAAUUACUGUGCUGGAAGAUAAGGAUGUUAAGAAAAUCAAGAAAACCAAACAUAAGGUAAAACUUGUGGAAGAACAACCACAAAAACAAGAGGAACCAUUGGAAGAUCAUGAAAUACGUGUCUCCGAAACCGAACCUACACCCAAACAAGAUGAAGACUAUGAAGUUAAGGAGAUUGAAGAAGAAACUAAGCCAACUCCUGAACGUAAGAAGCCCAAAGAGAAGAAACACAAGCCCGAAACUAAAAAACCUGAAGAGGUUGAAGAAUUCGAGGUGACAUUAAAGGAAAGCUCACCGGUACCCAAAGAAUUGGAGCCAUUCAAAAUUGAAGUUAUUGAAAGUCAAACGGAAAUACAAGAAAACGUUAAUGAAGAUGGCGUUGUGGAAAAACAAACAAUAACCAAACGCAAAAUCAAGCGUCAACAAGGUCCUAAAGAGGAUAUUAUUGAAAUAAUUGAAGUGAAAACAGACGAUCAACCGGAUGUUGAAGUCACAGUGGUAGAAACUCAACCAGAAGAGGAGAAAACUGAUGAAAUCAAACCCACCAAAAAGAAAACCAAAAAGGUUAAAAAGGACGAUCUUCACGAUUACAUACAAAAACUUAUCGAAGAGGACAUACCCAAAACUGAACUGGAAAAAUAUGAGAAAAUUGAAUUCGAAACAAAGCCUAAAGAUACCAAAGAUAAGACCUUGCCAGUGGAAAUUAAAGAAGAACAACCCAAAGCCACGGAAGAGGAAAAACCCAAGAAAAAACCAAAAUCUAAGAAACCAAAAGAAACCGAAGAAGACUUCACAAUGGCACAAAUAACAGUGGUUGAAGAAGAAACCACCAAAGAGGAACCUCUACCAGUUGUAGAGAUCUUAGAAAGUGAGCCAGUUGAAGUGAAAAUCGAAGAGGUAACCGAUGAGCAAGGUACACCCAAACAAAAGACCACUAAAAAACGUGCAUUCACCAAGAAAAUCGACAACGAGGAAGAUGCAACCAUACAUGUGGUCACAAUACAAGACGAAGAUAGCCCCGAGGUUACAAUUAUAAUCGAUGAAGAACCCAUCGAACAGCCUAUUACCACCGAUGAAACUGAUAAAUCCAUUAAGGAAAAACCAACAACUAAGAAACCCAAGAAAAUUAUCAAGAAAGUACAGAAAGACCAAGUUGACGACUAUAUACAGAGACUUAUUGACGAAGAGAUACCAAAGACCACACUAGAACAAUACGAAAAGGUUGAAAUGCCCGACAAAAUCGAGACAAAACCAACCAAACCCAGCGAACAGCUCGAACAGCCAAAGAAGGAUAAGAAAAAAAUACAAAAACCUUCCAAAACACCAGUCGCCGAAGAAAAGCCAGACCAUACAGAAACUCCAGACACAUUACACGAAAUCAAAACCACAGAAACACACACUGAACCACUAGAACAAAUUGAAGAAAAACCACAACCAGAGCACAAGCCUGAGGACACUGAACAAAUCACACCCGAUUCUCACAAGAUCACAACAACAGAGGAAACAAAAGAAACUAAAACAACCAAACACAAAACCAAACCCAAAAAACAAACAAGUGAAGAAACAAUUGUCCACAAGGAUUAUCAAAUCAAUGUCAUUGAGGAGGAGCCCGAAGAAAAGGAAGAUGAGGAAGAGAAACCCGAAAUAGUAACCAUCGAAGAACGUCCCGAGGAAGCAGAAGAGUCACAUCCUAUUGAGGUCGUCGAGGAGGAGGAGGAAGAAGUUCCAGCAGCAACAGAAGAAACUGCUGAAGAUACUACCAAGCCUAAGAAGACAAAGAAGAAGAUAGUUAAGAAGAAAACUGAUGACCAUGAUGCCAUUAUACAGAAGCUAUUGGAGCAAGAUAUUGAAAAGACCGAACUCGAGAAAUAUGAAAAGGUUGAAUUUGACAAACCCAAGAAAGCUAAGCCGGAAAUGUCUAAACUAGUGCCCAUCAAAAUUGAGCGCAGGGAGCAGAAACCCAAGAAGGUGGUUAUUGUUGAUGCUGCCGAAGUGCCACAAAUGGUUAAAUUGAAACCUUCGAAACGCAAGGAAAAACCCACCGAAGAACAAUCUGUUCAAUUACCCAAAUUUAAACUAAAGAGUCGCAUGGUUGUAGUUGAAUAUCCUCCAGAGGCCCUUAAACCCAUCAUCACUGAAAUUGGCGCCUUAAAAUCUGCUGGAGAUUUAUCCAGAAACAUUGAAGAGGCCGAAGCAUUGCUUCAGUUCAAGCCCUAUAAGCCUAAGAAAAUCAAGAAAAUUAAGGACAAUUUGGAAAAGGUGGAACUGGAGAAAUACGAAAAGUAUGUAAGCAGCGAAGAGGAGCCCGAGGAGAAGGCACCCUACAAGAAGCCCCAGAAACCAAGCAAGCCAGAAGAGAAGCAAGAAGAAGUGCAAAUCAAAUUGGGCAAGGGUAAAAAGAAACCAAAGGAAGAGGAACAACCCGAAUCGAUUACUCUUAAGAAAAUACCUCAAAAACCACAACUCGCCGAAGAGGUGACCGAAGAGAAGACAGUCAAGAAACAUGCAGUUAUUGUCAAGGAAGAAGACGCCAAACCUGAACAACCAAAAUACGAAAUGAAGCCUUUGGAGCCACUUGAGUUUGAGGAUAUUGAAUAUCCUAAAGAGGAACUCGAACCUCUAGAGUUCCCCGAAGAGCCCAAGAAAGACAAAAAGGAACCCAAACAAAAGCAUAAACCUAAACCAAAAUCUAAACCAGAACAGGAAAUGAAUGUUACACAAAUCGUGCCAGGCGAGCCCAAGAAAGAGGAAGAACAGCCUGAAGAGGAAGUCAAAUUCCGUAUACCAGAAAGUACAAAGGAGGAAGAGCCUAAGACUGAACGUAAAUUGAAACCAGUUAAAAAGGUCAAGGAAGAAAUUCCCGCUGAAGAUACCGUGAAAUUAAUACCAGCAGAAGAAACCAAAGAAAAAUCUCCCUCACCCGUACCACAAGCUGAACAAAAAGAGGUUAAGAAACCAAAGUCCAAAAAAGAAAAACCUCAAGAGAAACCUAAAGUCGAAGAAAAGCCUGAGGAACAGUUUGAAGUAUCCGUUCAUGAAGAGGUAGUCGAACAAGAAACUCCUGUCGAAGAAACAGUUGAUAAGGUGAAAAUCAAAAAGAAGGUACCCAAGAAAGAACAGCCCAUCGAAGAAGUUAAGGUUGUAGAAGAAGUUGUUGAGCAACCUCAACAAGAAGAAAUUCCUGUUGAAUACAAGAUAACCACUACCGUAAUUGAACCGGAAGAGUUACCAGAAGAGCACAAAGUGCGUGUCGUUGAUAUUGAUGCCAAGGAGGUAACAGUCGAAGAGGUUAUUGAAGAAAAGGUAGUCACUAGAAAGAAGAAGCCUAAAGCAACUGUUCCUGAGGAAUAUGAAUUUACUGUUGAAGAACCUAAACAACCAGAACCCAAACAAGUAGAGGAAACCACAGAAGAGGUAACCGUUGAGAUACAAAAACCACAAGAACCUACUCCGGAAGAGGUAACGGUUGUAGAAACCAUUACCCAGCCAAUUGUAGAAGAGACAGUUGAAGAAGUCACCACUAAGAAGAAGAAGCCAAAGAAGAAGCCUGUAGAAGACGUCGCCACAGUUGAAGUCAAGGAAGAAACACCUGUGGAGGAAGUAGUGAAAGAAAUUCCUACAGAAGAAAAGGUUGAAGAAGUUAUUCCCAAACCCCAAAAACCAAAGGAUUACAAAUUCUCAGUAACAGAAACGGAAGCUGUUGAUCAAGUUGUUGAGGAAGUUAAGAAAGACGAAGAAGAAAAACCCAAACCUAAGCCUAAACCCGAGAAGCCAGCUGAAGUGUUCCCAACUUAUGAAAUCAAAACGGUUGAAUCAGAGGCUGAAAAACCAAUAACUGUGGAAGAAGAACAACCAGAAGAAGUCAAAUUUGCCAUUAAACCCAAAAAGGUUAAAGAAGUUCCUGAAGAAUUUGAAGCUUCUGUGGCUUUGACGGAACCGAAACUAAUCGAAGAAACCGAAGUGGAAACUGUAGUCAAGACAAAGAAAACUAAGAAACCUAAGAAACCCGAAGAAGAGGUUGCAGAACUGCAAGUUCAAGUAGUGGAAACCCAAGAAAAGGAAAUCGUACAGGAGGUCAUUGAAGAACCGAAGGUAGAGGAAAUUGUUCCCGAAAAGCCUAAGGAAAGAAAGCCUGCUGAAUACAAAAUUAAGGUAUCAGAAGAAGAACCUGUACCUGAAGAAGAGGUUCCUGAAGCUCAGUUUACAGUUAAACCUAAACUUGUGCAAGAAAAGCCCACCGAAGAACCUGAGGCCGAAUUCGUCCUGAAGGAAUCUAAACCUGUUGAACAGGUUACUGAAGAAGCUCAAAUAAAAACGAAAAAGAUCAAAAAGAAGCCCAAAGAAGAAGCUGCCGAUGAAUUAAAGAUCAAGAUUAUUGAAGAAAUACCUGUUGAAAAACCAAUCGAAAUUGUAGAGGAAAUAGAAGAGAUUGAAGAGGUACCAAUUAAGAAGGCUCCCGAAGAAGUUCCUAAAGAUUAUGAAUUCAAACUUAAAGAAUUCGAAAUUCCUAAGGAACAAGUAGUGGAAGAAAUAGUGGAAGAGCCCAAGCCCUCGGAGGAACCUAAGCCUAAAGAAGAACCAGUUCAAGAUGUUAAAGUUGUUACAACAGUACCUACUGAAGAAAUUAUUCAAGAAGAGGUUAAGACUGUAAAGAAGAAACCCAAGGAAAUAACGGAAGAAGCAAAGGUGACUGUAGUCGAAGAAAUUCCAGAGAAACCAAAGGCAGUUGAAGUUGAAGAAAAGCCUGAGGAGGAAAAACCACAAGAAGUAAUAGAAGAAGAAACAUACCCCGAACAUCAAGUUAAAGUUAUUGAUGAAACUCCUCGUUAUGUAACCGAAGAAGUGGAGGAGCAAGAAGUAAAAAUACAACGCAAAAAGAAACCCACUCCCAAGGUCACUGAAGAACCUGAAGAACAAGUUGUAUUUGCUCCCAAAAAACCAGUCGAUGACGUUGCGGAGGCAAAGAUCAUCAAAAAGAAACCGAAACAAAAGGUUCCAGAAGAAGAGCAAGCUGAACUCAAGGUAACUAUUACAGAAGAAAUUCCUCAAGAAACUGAAUUGGUGCAAGAGAUAGAGGUAGUAGAAGAAAUCGAAGAGAAACCCAUGCCUCAAGAAGCUCCAAAAGAACAACCGAAAACUUAUGAGUUCUCUGUUAAAGACAUCGAACCAGUAAAGAUUGAAGAGGUUGAGGAAAUACCUGAUGAAGAAGUUAAGCUCAAAAAGAAACCAAAGGUGGUUCAGCCAGAAAUUACAGAAGAGCCAGAAGUUGAAAUUUCCUUGAAACCCAAACCAGAAAAGCAAGUGGCUCCCGAAGAGACAGCAAUCGUUAAAAAGAAAUCCAAACCAAAGGUUAGAGAAGAACCAGAAGCUGAGCUUAAGAUACAAGUCAGAGAGGAAGUUUCACCUGAACCAGAAGUUCAAGUGGUCGAAGAAAUCGAGGAAGUAUUUGAAACUCCCAAAGAAGAACCUCAAGAAGAAAUCGAAGAAGUCGUUUUCAAACCAAAGAAACCCAAAAAGAAGGAGGAAAUUAUUGAGGAAGAUGUAACAAUUAAAAAGCCCACCGUUAAAAAGGAAGAGGAGCAAGUUGUUGAUGUUACAUUGAAACCCAAAAAGGCUCCCAAGCAAGAAGAACAAGAUGUGGAGGUUGAUUUCAAAUUACCUAAAGAAAAGCAAAUUACUCAGGAAACAUCGGAAGAAACAGUACAAUUGAAGAAAAAGAAGAAACCUGUUAAACCAACAGAAGAAGCAGCUGAUGAACUUGUAAUUAAACAAGAAGAAGUUAUUGAAAGACCAGUAGAAAUCGAGGAAGAAGAAAUCAUCGAAGAAGCCGUAGUGAUGCGAAGGAAACCCAAGAAACCUUUCAAACCUCAAGUGGAAGAACAUGAGGAAGAAGAGUUCAGUUUAUCAUUCAAGAAGCCACGACAAAUCGAUGAGGGUGUAGCUGAAGAAGCCACUGUGCUCAAGAGAAGACCCAAGAAACCGCUUACCUCCGAUGAAGCUGCCGCUGAAUUACACAUCAAACGGGAAGAAUCAUACGAUCAAGACGAAGAGGAAGACAUUGAAGAGUUUGUGGUGGCCCACAAACCUAGACCUAAACCUAGACCAUUGCAAGUAACUGAAGAAGGCGAACAAGAAUACACAGUCAAAAAACUGAAACGUCGCAAGAAGGGUGUGGAAAUUCCCGAAUUUACGGAUGUCGAGAAUGUAACAUUCCGUCCAAAACUUACCAAAACUAAAGAAGAUGUCGAUCAAGAGUUCAGCAUCGCUUUAGAUUCCUAUGCUGAAGAAGAAGUUUCCAUGUCCGGCAAGGUUAAGAUCAAGAAACCCAUUAAGAAAACAUACUCCGAGGCCGAAGAUGAACAUCGUAUCAAGAUAAUGCAAGAUUAUGACGAUGGUCAAGGUCCUAUAAUUGAGGAAAUCCGUGAUGAUAGCAGCAUGGAAGAUACCAUGUACGAUGUCGAAGAGCCGGAAGAAUAUCAAAUUGAAGAAUUACCACUUGAUGAUGUAGACUUUACGCUUAAACCCAAACACAAGCCUAAGCCUAGAUACUCCAUUCAAGACGAAGAGGAGGAACAAUUCCUGAUUGGCCUCAGACGUCCUAAGAGCAAUUCCGUUACUUACGAUGAGGACUCGCUGACGUUUAAGAAGAAACGCAAGGUCAUUCAACAAGUCUUCAAUGAAGAUGGCGCCUCUUUGAAUAUUACACGCGAGAUGAAUAUUGCAGAAGCCGAAGAGGAGAAUAUCAUGUUUUCGAUUUGCAAUUAUGUGGCUGACUCUGAUGAAGCCAUGAAUCUUGUGGAGGGUGAAAAGGUGCGUGUUGUCGGUCGCCAUAGUUCCGAAUGGUGGUUCGUUAAGAAGACCAUUACAGAAGAAGAAGGCUGGGUACCAGCUCAAUAUCUCAUGGAAGCUGCCGAAUAUGAUCAAUAUGUGCAAAAGAAAUUGCACGAAAAGAUCGAUAAACUUCCCGUAUUUGAACGUCCCGGACCCCACGAAAAGCCAAUGGCACCUAGAUUUAUUGAAAAAUUGCAGCCCAUACAUACACCCGACGGUUAUACCGUACAAUUUGAGUGCAAAGUUGAAGGCAUGCCUCGACCACAAAUCGCCUGGUUCCGUGAAACAGCCAUCAUUAAGCCUUCUCAAGACUUCCAAAUGUAUUAUGAUGAUGACAAUGUUGCCACAUUGAUUAUACGUGAAGUUUUCCCAGAAGAUGCAGGCCGUUUUACUUGCGUGGCUAAGAACGCUGCCGGCUUUACUUCAACCACUACCGAAUUAGUGGUUGAAACACCCUUGUCCGAUCAUGGUUCCGAUGGCACAGCCAUGUCUCGCAAGAGCAUGUCUCGUGAAUCAUCGUUAGCCGAUAUACUCGAGGGUAUACCACCUACAUUCUCGCGCAAACCCAAAGCCCAAUAUGUUGAUGAGGAUACCAAUGUGAUACUGGAAUGUCGACUUGUAGCCGUACCCGAACCAGACAUUGUCUGGACUUUCAAUGGCGAAGAGAUUGACACAACAACUCUGAAGAAUGUACGAGUUGUCACCGAAUCCGACAUGCAUAUGUACUGCAGUGUUGUGCACAUUAAGAAAGUUAAGAAGUCGCAAGAAGGCACCUAUGAAGUAAUUGCCACCAAUCGUGAAGGUGAAUCUAGACUGCCUAUAGUAUUGAAGGUGCGCACAAGCGAAAAGGAACCUCCUCAAGUAUUGGAGCCACUGCGUAACAUGAUCAUUCGAGAAGGUGAAAGUGCUGUACUCACCACUCAAAUUGUGGGUAAUCCAGCACCCAAGAUCACCUGGUACAAGGAUGGAAAGCCCGUUAAGGGCAACACUAAGACUGAUAAGGAUAUGCACACUUUGACAUUGAUUUCACCCAAACGCGACCAGAAGGGCGAGUACACGGUCAAGGCAGAAAAUCCAUUGGGUAGCGUAGAAACCUCAGCUAAUCUUACUAUCGAAGAGCCACCAAGUGGCAAUGCCGAACCUCCACUAUUUGUAGAGCGUUUUGAGGAACAAAAUGUUCCCCAGAAGGGUGUCAUACGCCUGCCAGCCAAGGUAACUGGUAAUCCAGUGCCUGAAGUUGAAUGGCUCUUCAAUAACAAUCCUCUCUAUCCCAACGAACGUAUUCAACAAGUCUACGAUGGCGAAAACAUUGAACUUAUUAUUAAGAAUGCUAAUCCCGAUACCGAUUCCGGUGACUACAAGUGCAUUGCUAGUAAUCCUCUAGGCAAGACAUCCCAUGGUGCCCGUGUUAUUGUGGAAGUCGAUGAAGUUGUCUUUACCAAGAAACUCAAGGCUAAGAUAUCCAUCGAAGAGGUUCAAUCCUUGACUCUGGAAUGUGAGACUUCUCAUGUUGUCUCUACUAAAUGGUUCUUCAAUGGCAAGGAGCUUAGCGGCAUGGAUCAUCGUGUAGUCGUUGAAGAAGGCAAGACCCACAAAUUGGUAAUUAAAAACACCAAUUUGAGAGAUAGUGGCAACUACACUUGCAAGGUUAAGGAUCAAGAAACCAAAUCCACUGUUGAAGUAUUGCCUCGCAAGCCCGAAUUCAUUAAGCCUUUGGAAGACUAUGAAGUAACUGAAAAGGAUACCGCCAUUUUGGAUGUGGAAGUUUCCACAGACGUUACCGAAAUGCAAUGGUUCAAGGAUGGCGAAAAGAUCACACCCGAAAAGAAGAAUGUAGAUUUCAUUAAGGACGGCAAAGUCCAUAGACUGCUUAUACGUAAUUGCACUAUCCAAGAUGAGGGCGAAUACUCUUGUAAAUUCGCUGAUCAAGUUUGCAAGGCUGAACUUACUGUCAUUGAAUUGCCACCAGAAAUUGUUAAGCCUUUAGAGGAUGUUACAGUUACCGAAGGUGAGACAGCCACAUUCACAGUUGAACUUGACAAGGGUGAUGCUUUGAUUAAAUGGUUUAAGAAUGGCAAGGAAAUUACCUUCGACGAACGUGUUCAACUAUCCAUCGAUGGCAAACGCCAAACAAUUACCAUCAAAAAGGCCAAACCUUCAGAUGCUACUGAAUACUCCCUUAAAGUGGGCGAGCAGACAUCGAAGGCUAAGCUGGUGGUAGAGAAACCUUUGGUUGAGUUUAUUGUUCCCUUGCCCGAUGUUACCUUGGCUACUAAGAAUACCGAUGCUGAAUUCACGGUGAAAUUGUCUCAUCCCGAUGUGGAAGUGACUUGGUUUAAGAAGGGUAAACCCAUUAAACCCAACAAGAAACACGAAGUCUUCGUGGAGGCUACAGUCAGACGUCUGGUCAUACAUGAUGCCGAAGACGAUGAUGCCGGAGAAGUUAGUUGCACUGCCGCCAAUGUUACCACUAGUACAAACUUAUGCGUAGAAGAGGUUAAGACCGCUCCCAUAAUUAUCUCCGAUAAGGAUCAGACCAUUAAGGUUAAGGAAAACGACGAUGUUACAAUGACCAUCAAAUACACUGGCGUUCCACAGCCAGAAGCAGAAUGGAAAACAUCCAAAAAGGUUAUUGUUAAAUCCAACAGAGUUACACCCACCAUUGAUGAACAGUCAGCCUCAUUGACCAUACGCAAGGUAGUGGAAGAGGAUGAAGAUGAAUACACCAUUAAAUUGCGCAAUCCAGUGGGUGAAGCUGAGGCCAGCUUACGUUUGGUUAUAAUGCGUAAACCCUCAGCCCCAGGCGCUCCUCAACCUUUGGAAGUAAUGCACGACUCAAUUACACUGUUCUGGAAGGCACCAGAGGAUGAUGGCAAAUCGGAAAUUUUGGAAUACAUUUUGGAAUACAAAGAUGUUAAGACUGAAAAGUGGUCCGAAAUUCGCAAGAUCAAGGAUACAACUUACACCCUAAGCAAACUGAUUAUUGAUACUGAAUAUGUGUUCCGUUCAAUAGCUGUUAAUGAGGUGGGACCCUCACCACCAUCACCUUUGUCGCCACCCAUACGCUUGGUAGCCGAGGUUAAGAAGGAGAAACCAACUGUUCAAGAGCCUCUGCAAGACAUCACCACCGAACACGACAAAGAAAUUACACUUUCCUGCGUAUUCGGAGGUGUGCCCGAACCCAAAGUGGUAUGGAAGAGAAAUGGCAAGAUUAUACAAACCACAACCAUGCGUUACGAGAAUCGUGUGGCCAAAUAUACAAUUCAGAAGACCACCAUCGAAGAUGAAGCUGAGUACACAUGCGUGGCUGAAAAUGAAGUGGGCAGUGUAGAGACAUCGUGUCGUGUGACAUUGCAAGAGAAGCCUAGCAUUGACAUUGAGGAGAAGUAUUUGUCUCUGAAACUACGUACUGGCUCCGAUAUGACCAUUCCAGCUUUAGUUAAGGCUUAUCCACAACCAAAGGUAACCUGGUACAAGGAAACAACCGUGCUUAAGACUACCAAACGCCAAACCAUUGAAAUCAACGAAAUCACUACAACAGAAACCAAGACUAUACUGAACAUUCAAAAACUGACACGAGAAGACUCUGGUCGCUAUAAACUGGUGGCUGAAAAUACAGCCGGCUCCAGUAGUGUAGAAUGUAAUAUUAAGGUUAUAGAUAAGCCCAGUCGUCCACAAUCGCUUGACAUCAAGGACGUUAAGAAGGACUCCAUUAAACUUGAAUGGACACCACCCAUUGAUGAUGGUGGCUUGGAAAUCAACAAAUAUAUAUUGGAGAAAUGCGAAGUACAGAAUAAUGUAUGGAUGAAGGUGGCCGACAUAGACAGGGACAUUACAUCAUUUUGCGUACAGAAACUUUCCAUGAACUCACAGUACAUGUUCAGAGUUGUAGCCCUUAAUCCCAUUGGCGAAUCAGAGCCCACCGAAAGUGAGCCGAUAGCAAUUACAAAGAAAUUCGCCAAACCAUCAGCGCCCAGAGCACCCAUUGAUGUCUCCGGCAUGAAUGACACUUGCUUUACUCUGUCUUGGCAAGAGUCCGAAAGCGAUGGCGGCUCCAAGAUUAUUGAAUAUAUUGUUGAGAUUAAAGAAUUCCAUGAAACUGAGUAUAGACUACUGGGCAGUACAAAUGGCAAUGUACCCAAUAUAUUGGUUACAAAUGUUAUUAAGAAUAAGGCCUACACCUUUAGAAUAUACGCCAAGAAUGAAGUUGGCAUCAGUGAAGCUCUUGAGACUGAAGAUAAGAUAGUCGUCAGCCGUAGAAUAACUCCUCCCUCACCUCCUCAAAAUCUCAGAUGUCCGGAUAUUACUGGCAGAAGUGUUACACUUGAUUGGGAAAUACCUGCUCACAAUGGUGGUUCAGAAAUUACAGGCUAUUGCAUUGAAAAACGUUCGUCUACAUCUACAACAUGGACUAAGGUCAUCACCCUAGAUGCCCAUUGUCUACAAUACACUGUGGAUAAUUUGAAAGAAAAGUCUGAAUAUUGGUUUAGAGUGUCUGCCGAAAAUGAAGCUGGUCUUGGUGCACCAGCCGUAACCGAAAGUAUUGCCUUGAAAACACAUGCAACGGUUCCAUCACCACCCACAGCUCCCUUGGAGACUAGAGUUAUUGCCGCCAAUGCUCAUGUAUUCGAAUGGGGCAUACCCGAGUCAGAUGGUGGUGCGCCUCUGCUCGGCUAUCACAUUGCUAUACGUGACAUGAAGAAGAGCAUGUGGAUUGAGGUUGGUCGUGUACCGGCCGGUGUACUGAAAUUCCAAAUCAGAGACUUGCAAGAGAAUCAUGAAUACAUGAUACGUAUCUUUGCCAAAAACGAAAUUGGUCUAAGUGAACCGUUGGAAUCUGAAGAACCAUACAAGGCUAUAACAUCAGGUCUUGCAAGUCUACCAGACGAACCACGUACUGAAAUGAGUUCCUGCAACACAUCAUCUUGGCUACGUGACCAUCAUAUGGAUGCGGACAUUCACUCAUAUGCUCGCGGUAAAUUAUUAAGACGCGAUGAAUACUUCUUCCGCAUUUGGGCUAAAAUGCCAAAGAAGAAAAAGAAUUCGAAAUAAUUCUAAAACCAAAAAAAAACCAGAAUACUAAAAACUAAUGACCAAUAUAACUAAAUAAUUGUAAAAUAUUAAACAAACAAAAAAACAUUUAAACAAAACAUAAACGACGAAACUACUAAUUCAUAAGUUCAGUUUAAUAGUAUAGAAUUUUUUCUACUUUAAAAAAACUCAUCUAAAUUAAAAUAAAAUUUAAAUUUAACUAGUUCAUUAAGAUUUAAGUUUUUUUUUGUAAAAAUUAUGUAAUAUUUUCAACAUUUUUAAAAAAUGGCUGCAUUAUUAAAGCAAGUUUUUCAGAAAAAAAAAUUUACAAACAAAUCUAAACAACAGCGAGCGAAGAAGAAUUUAAUUUUUAAAUUUUUUUUCUUGAAAAUACUUGUUUUAUAAUAUUACGAGCAUCCAUUUGAUUUGAAUUUCUAUAUUACAUAAUUUAUAUGAAUUGUUUUAUUUUUUUAAAUUUUACUAUUUUUUUUAAAUUAAAAAAACUAAUUUGUUUGAUUCUUCACUUUCAUUUUAUUAAUUGUAAACUGUGAUACAUUUUAAAAAAAAUCACAAAAACGAAUGAAUACAGUUUGAAAAUUGUAAAAAAAUAUGCAUUUUCAUAAAUUUUCUUAUAAAAUUUAAACGAAUUUAACUAUCCCCCAAAAAAAAAGAAAAGAAAUAUUUAUUUCCAUUUAGUUUUUUAUGAAAGGUGCGAUUUUGUAAAAUUCUGCAAAGAAAUAAAUAUUGCUUUUAAAUACAUAUUUUAUAACUUUUUUCUAAAAACGAAAAUGCAUAUUUUUAUUUAAGACAUAAAUACAAAUAUAAAUAAAUAAAUAAAUAAUAUUAUAUAAAAAUAA